AUGAAUAAGCAAAGGUGAAUAUUUAGCAAAAAUGAAUAAUUUUGUACUUUGGUUCUAGUCAGAGAUGGGACCACCAUAGUGGGAUGAUAACACCAUUAACCAAUCAGUGGUGAGAUAUGCACCUCUCCCAAUUUGCUUCACAUUUUGUUUUGGAAACAUCUAACUUCUAUCCUUAUACACUCCCUUUGUUCCUCAAAUGUUGUGCAUGUUAUCUGGCUGGUAGGUUUUUUCUUGGUACAUCUUUGAGCUUCUGUGCUAUUGUCAAGAUUAUUCGCAUCAUGUUCAUAGCAUUGUUAUAGGUUCACCAGCCAUGGCACUGUCAAGCAAGAACAUUUUUGUACUCAUUUGCAAUGCAAGUGCCAUCAUUGCACAAGAGUCCAUCAAGGCAACAGGUCGCACUCCUGUUCUAAUCCCACUGUCAUCAUCAUCAUUUUUUAUUUGUAUGCCGCCUUUCCAUAGUUAAAAAACAAUCCUCAAGGCGGCUUACAGCAUAACAAGAUUUACAUAAUUACAAAAGUCAUAAACAAAUAAACCACAUCAAAAAUAUACACAACCAAAUGGGAAACAAUUUCCACAUAAAUCAAAAUCUAAAACUAAGAAUACAACAUUAAUAUCACAGUUUAAAAUGACAUAGGUAAAAAAUAACAGCAAUUUAAACAAAUAAAAACAAAACUGAGCCCGCUCUGCCCAGCAGCAGCAGCAGCCCUUUAUAGAGCCCAUCAGGCCUCGCCCUAGGCCAGGUGGUGAGUGGCAGGACUGGGGCCCUCAGGUGCUGAGCAGGGGAGUCCAGCUAUAAGUAAUACAUGGGUGGCAGCUAUCUGCCCAUGUAUUACUUAUAACACUAAAAAAGAGAGGUGCACUCUAUUUGCAUCAUCUUUUGCUGGUAUCUUCCUAUCUCUUAAAUAUUUUCUUCAUGUGGAAUCAGAUAAGAAUGGUUGUCUAUAUGGGGACAAGAACAUUUUGCAGCACGAUUUGGGACAGCAUUAUUAUUAUUAUUAUUAUUAUUAUUAUUAUUAUUACCCCACCCAUCUGGCUGUAUUCCCCCAGCCACUCUGGGGAACUAGGUUGUAUAGUUGCUGUUUGCUGUUUGCCACAUCUAUACCAAUGAUAUAAAUUGGUGUCUUUUUCAAGCUAGUUUAAGACGGUUAUUAACUGUUAUAAGAUAUAUGUUACCUUCUACAUGACUUUUGGUCACAAGAUGCCUAUUUGAAAAUCCUGCCCAUGCUGUCGCUGAUGCCAGCUGGAUGCAUGUAGCUGCCACUGUCUGGAAGUCUGGCAAAGAGUUUAAUGCCAUGUAUACUAGCAGUUCCACUUAUCUUGCUGGCCACAGGAAAAAACCCUGCUUUAAGAAGAUUUAUAAGCAGUUUUCACAGUGAUCAUGUGAAUCAGUUUCUAGACUGAGCCUUAAAGGAACUAAAUCUAUGCAAUUCAGGAAGAACCUAUUAUGUAAUUACUCAAUGGACAGGCUCCUUGAAAAGAGGGGUGGUGGCAGUGGGACAUGGUGCUUUUGGAAUCUUAGCACUUAAAUAAGCCAUCAGUCAUAUCUAUCUGAUUCCUACCACCAUCACAUUUAUACCCCUUCCCCCAUGUUUGGCUAUAAUGGACAGAGGAUAAGCCUUCAACAGUUCCUUCCCACUAGAUUGUGGAUAUAAUCCUCAAAACAUUUAGAAUGACGCAGUUUAGGUGGUUUGCUGCUAUAUAUUAUCAUCCUGUAUUGAUUUUUGGCCUCAAUGACAAAAAUAAAAUAAAAUCUGUAUAGAAUCUGCAACUCUUUCUUAUUUUGUUCUUUCUCUUUAUAUGCGAAUUAAGAAAACAGAUCAUAUGCUUAAGAUACAAUUAAUUUUUUUUCUCUCUUUCAGGCACCGGAUAUCUAAAUCUAAGUUUAGGUAAGCACUGCAAUAGCUUUUUAAAAAAACAAAAAACAAAAAAACCCAUCUUUACUGAAUGAACAUUCCAUCUAUCUUCUUGUUGUUCCUGUUGUAACUAGUAAUGGCAAUGAUAGAGUGCCAGCUAAAGAUUUUGAUUAGUAGGCUGCUGAGUUACUUCCUUUACCACUCUGAUGAAGAGGAAAUCUAAUUAAGAUUGGAGUGGUUAACAAGACUAGCUUCCACAUUGGCACCCCUAUGGCCGUUGAAGCCGUGAUGAAGCGAAAACCCAUUAAGAAAGAAAAGGAAGGAAGUAAUUAGAGGAGACUAAGAGUCAGGCCAAUAGGUGCAAGAGGCCUGUAUGGGGCUGGUCUCCCAGGGCUUCUCCAGGCUUUUCCUUGAAUAUGCAGCUUUCACUGAAAAGGUAGUUCUUCAGUGAUUUGCUGCUCCCUCAUGAGAACUUCUGAGUGUGUUGUGGGUAGGUGUCAAAUGUGUUCAUAUAUUUAGUAAUGUCAUAAGGCAACCAUCCCCAAUCUUAUUGUUGUACUACAAACCCCCAUUGUCCCUCAUAAUUGGUCAUGUUGGCUAGGAAUUGGGUGGGUAGGGGCAAGAUUGGAGAAGUCUGCCAUAAGAUGUUGUUCUUUAAUAAGAAUUGUAAAGGAGCACCUGUUUGUCUCAUAAAGUGUUGCUGUAAGAUUCACAUGUGUUUAUAGCAUGUUAUUUUACUGGUUGCUGAUUUAUAAUGUAUUUUGUGCUUAUCCAUAGCAAGAGAUUGAGAGAGAUAGGCAUGGCCAAGGAAGAUGCACAUGCCACUUUAUAUGUGCUUUAAACACACAAACCCAAACUCAUUGCCUUUAUUAUCCAGGAGCCAAGUGUUGCUUGGAAACUGGUUGCUAGGCAAGCUAAAUUGUGAAGAGUAGGGGCUGUAUAAUUAGCUUUAAAUACUUGGUGUGGUUAGUAAUUACUCCCAGAAAUCACUGUGACACUCGUGAGGGGCUGCGUGUUCCAGGAAACAUAACAUAGCAUUGUACUAACGCUCUGUCUCAGCAAAUAGUAGCCCUAGCUUUGGGUUCAAAGGACAAAAUGCUAGACCUUGCUAACACAGUUUCUGAAAAUAAUUCUGGGCAAGGCAGUUUCUGUUGUUGGGAUCUUGAUGGCUGUUAACCUCUGCUAUGAAAUUCUGAAUAGUUGCAAUUUAUAUUAGAGAGACAGGAAAGGGACAACUUUUCCAUUGACUUCUAUAGGCAAACAUUAUGCCUGUAGUUAUUUGGUAAUUGAGAGAUUAAUGUUUUAUGUAAAAGAGCCAGGGGAACAUCUGUAGCUGCUGGUAGAUGGAGAUAUAGCAUUCUAGCCACCAACACUGACUACCCACUUUGGGGUGUUUAGAGCUCAUCUUCAUAAAUUGGUUUCAAACUGAACAGCAGAUGUUGAACUUGGUGUUUGGGUCAGUGGCCUUGUGUGGUCUUGACUUCCAUAUGAAGAGAAAGCAAAAUAGGAAGCAAUAAACAGCUCCUUUUACCCAUAUCCAAGAGAAUAUUCUUUUUUUAGAGUUGGGCCCAAGCUACUGCUGAUUAAAAGGGGUAUGUGUGUGUGCAACUGCAGUAAAGAAUUUGCAUCCCUUUGCAUCCCCAUGUAAGUGUCCAUUUUGUAUAAAAUCUCACUAUUCACAACUAGUAAAAUGAAAUUUAAAGAUUAUAAGGGAGAAUGAAAACAGAGCUAGCACUAUGAUUUGUAGCUUGCUACAAAUGUGUGCACAUUGUGCAACACAGGCUGGGCUAUUCAAGAGACAUAGUCUGCCUGCUUUCAUAAGCAGUCCAUGCCCAAGAGGGCCUCUUGUAGGAAUACUAUCAAGGCUCUGUAGGCUUCACUGGACCACUGGACAACUAUACUGAACAAUGUGUAAAUAUGUUGUCUUUUGCUUCUUUCAUUCCAUGUCCAGGCAAACAUAGAAAACACUCCUCUAGGAAGCUAGGCCAGUAAAUACAAAUUAAUAAUUGGAGGUCAAAGGUGACCUCCUAGGGUGUUGUAAACAACUUGUUUGGUGCACAAAGCAAACAUAAUUACACGUUCUUUCCAUUUUUCAAGCCGCUACUGGCGUAGAUGGAAUCGGUUCUGCAGACGGAAAUGUCGAGCUGCUGUCAAAUCCAAUGUGUUCUACUGGCUCGUGAUCUUCCUUGUGUUUCUUAACACCCUCACAAUUGCCUCUGAACAUUAUAACCAGUCAGAUUGGCUCACUGAAGUCCAAGGUAUGGAGGAUUCUGUUUUGUUAAAAUAAUGCUGUGUUUUAUUUAUGAGAGUGUACAUAAUAUUAUAGUUAAUUGAAAUUUUAUUUAUGUGUGCAGAUAAACUGAAUUUAGUGUUCAAAAAGUAAAACCAUUUAAUUGCAUAAGCAGCACCGCAACCCCAGAGUCGGCCAUAACUGGACCUAAUGGUCAGGGGUCCCUUUACCUUUUUUGCCAGGGAAAAAUACAAAAUAUUAAAAACUACCUUCUCAAAAUAUUCUCCAUUCUGCUCCAUGGUUCUUAUGAUUAUUUUCUGGCCAGCUAGCAUAGGGAAGGGAGAAGAUGAACAGGCACUAAGGUGCCACUAUAUGCAGCCCCAUCUUCCAAGAGCAUAAUAGUAUAAUUAAUCCAUUAAACUAAUCAAAUAAUCGGGUCCCCAGUGCUCCGUGCAACAAUACAAACAAAAGAGGCAGACUAUGUUGAAACUUCACAACUAUGUAAUAUGGGGAUGGGGAACCUCUGACCUUUGGGCUUCAUGUCACCUCAGAGGCUUCCCAUAAGGCCCCCAGGGCUCUUGCUCCUUGAACCAUCUCCCUGAUUCUGGACUUCUCUCCUGAUUGUGGCAGGAGAGGGGAAAGCAGCAAAUUGCAGAUGCUGGGUGCCUGAUCUGGAUGGGUGUCUGGUAUGAGAGUAAAGAGACUUUAACCCUUUCCCCCUAACUGUGGUCUCUGAUCCAGGUCAGGCCCUUGUGCCUGUAAUUUUCAUUGCCCAAAAUGAUCUGUUAAAAGUCAUGUUAAAAGCUAUUUGCAUUUGGGAGGGAAACAACUACUGUUUCCAGUAGUGGUUUUUCACCAGUGGAAAUUUCAAUGGGGUGUGGGUGGGUGGGUUGGUGUGUAAGAGAAUGUAGGGUAUUGGAAUGCAGCAUCAGAUGUGUGGUAGAAUUCAGCUGCUGAAUUUUUCUGAGUUAUCAGAAAAGGGAAACAAGAAUAGAGAUUAAACACAAUUAUUCUAAAAUUCAAAUAUUGAGUUUGGACAUCAAGGGUUACAUCUUGUUCUGUUCUUUUCAGAUUUAGACCCACUGAAAUUAAUGGGCCUAAGCUAGUCAUAUCCAUUAAUGUCUAUGGGUGUGCCCUCUGUCUAACGAACAUUGGCUACAACCCUAUGAUUUGUUAUCAGCAUUUGAAAAGUUGUCCAAAAUGUCUGUAAAAACAAAACACAGGUUAAAAGUUCACAGUAAUGAAUUGCUGAAGACAGCAGUUGCAAGGGAUAAAACCUAAUUUGAAGAUUUCUGAUCUUCUUACAGUCUUUCUGUUAUAUUUGUCUUUUAGUGCCACUAUAAUGAUCAUUAUUUGUCUAUUUAUUUUUAUGAGACACUGCCAAUAAGGUACUGCUGGCUCUUUUCACGGCUGAGAUGCUCCUGAAGAUGUACAGCCUGGGUCUUCAAGCCUACUUUGUCUCUCUCUUCAACCGCUUUGACUGUUUUAUUGUGUGUGGUGGAAUCCUAGAGACCAUCUUGGUGGAAACAAAGAUCAUGUCACCACUGGGUAUCUCAGUGCUGAGAUGUGUGCGACUGCUAAGAAUUUUUAAAAUCACAAGGUAUUUCUCUCCCCACCCCACCCCCUUAAUUUUUAUAUUUAAUGGAGUUCAUGCAGCCAAAGGGAAAUUGCUCAUUUCUGUGUGGAAAACUUGUGUGCAGUAAUGUCUUAGGCAAAUAUUACUUUCUGGAAUCAUUUUUUACCAGUUAUUCCAUCCCUGACUCUCCCUUCUUGCCAUGUGUAUGUGGCAGUUUAGAUAAUAUAUAUCAUUAUUGGUUUUGUUUACAGACUGUCUUAUAACAAAGUUCCCAAAUAAAAAAAAAAUAGUUAGUAACAAGAAAGCUAAUAAAGUAUAAAGUACAGCAUAAAAACAGGUGCAGAGAGUCAGAACAAAGUCUUCUCCUGGUGCAAAAAUGACAUUAUGGUAGGCACUAAGUGAGCAUUUCUGGGGAAGACAAUCCAUAGUUGAGGCACCAUCACUCAAAAAGGCCCCCUCUCCCAUAGCUACACUUCACUUGGUGUGGGGCAUUUGGAGAAGGGCCUCUGAAGAUCUCAGGUUUCAGGUAGGUUCUUGUGAAGAGAGGUAUCCAUCUAACUACAGUCGUACCUUGGUUCUCAAAUGGAAUCCGUUCCGGAAGUCUGACUUCCGAAAACAUUCGAAAACUAAGAUGCGGCUUCCGAUUGAGUGCAGAAGCUUCCUGCACUCAAUCGAAAGCCACAGAAGCCACAUCGGACAUUUGGCUUCCCAAAAAAGUUCACAAACCAGAACAUUCACUUCCGGGUUUGUGGCGUUUAGGAGGCAAAAUAUUUGAGUCACAAGGUGUUUGAGAACCAAGGUACGACUGUACUCUGAUUCCUAGUCAUAAAGUGCCUUUAAGAUCAAAACCAGCACCUUGACUUGAAUCAGGCUCAGAAAUGGACUGAGAGUCAGUGAAGCACUGUUGUGAUAUACCGUACUUGUAUUGCCUGGUCCCAGUUAGCCAUCUUGCAGACGUAUUCUGAACUGACUGAUAUUUCCAGACCAUUUUCUAUAAUGAUCCCGCAUACAGUGCAUUGCAAUAGUCCUCUUUCCCUCCAGCAUUUCAUAAUCAUAAGAUAUUUUGAUGAAGAUUCUCAUGACAAUGAUGAAGAUUCUCAUAACCAUUUGCGCGGCUCAACUCUAUCUUCAUUAUAUGACCCUUUCCUUAGGAACCUGUCUAUUUUAAGUUCACCACUAGAGGGCUGUCUCCGGGUGCUCUCAUUAUUAUUGCUGCAUUUUAGGCACCAGGUUAAAGAUUUAUUUUAAACCAGACUUUUAAUGAAAAUUAUUGAUGAGUUUUCACCUGCCUUCUCUUUUAGAUUCUGUUGAAUUUUAUUGUGAUGUUUUAUCUUGUAGUUCUAGUGGUGUUUUAUUAGCUGUCAUUAGGGUUCUUAUAUAUUUUGCACUCUUCUUUUAUUGUUAGCUGCCUUGCAAAUUUUAAUUGAAAAGUGUGGUGUAAGUGUUUAAAACAUAUAAAUAAAUUGCACAAGGGCUGAAAGUUAUCAAGAUAAAUUUGAAUUCUGCUUUGUGGGAUUGGCCUAGUAUAAACAUUAUCUUGACCCCUCCGCAAUUCCCCAGAAACCAAGAAGCCUGGUCCCCUUCAUCCAAGAAUGAGCACACACAAACCAGAUUUUCAACCAAUCUGGCUUUGAUUCCAAACUGUUUUCCCAUCUGUUCUUGUUGGUUUUCACUGCGCUGAUCUCUUGAGUGAGGUAUUCUGGCUUGCUUUGAACAGCUGUGAGUGUUGUAAUGAGGUUGGCUAGAAUGUAACUUACUGAAGCAGCACCUACUAAUUGCUGUAUAUUUAUAUCACUUUUUGAAAAGUAAUCUUCCUGGCAUGCUAGGUGCAGAAGUGGUGGAGGACUUGUGUGAUUUUCACAUGUGGCCAUAAAAAUGCUCAUUAACUGCCAUAGGUCACAUUAUCUUAGGGAAGCUCAUGAAUGGUUCAUUUCUUCACAGGCUGUUUGGAAAAGGCAUGUUUAUAGACGCCAUACAGCCUGCCUGAAGGUGAUACCUGAUGCAGAUGAGCAGUAUCUGCUUUGGACAGAAGAAAUGUAACCACCUUUCUUUUGGCUCUUCAGGUAUUGGAACUCUUUGAGUAAUUUGGUGGCUUCCCUGCUCAACUCUGUGCGCUCCAUCGCCUCCCUGCUGCUACUUCUCUUCCUCUUCAUCAUCAUCUUCUCCCUCCUAGGGAUGCAGCUCUUUGGGGGCAAGUUUAACUUUGAUGAGAUGCAAACCAGGAGAAGCACAUUUGACAACUUUCCCCAGUCGCUGCUCACUGUGUUUCAGGUAUGGCUUUAUUUGAUUUAUUUACGUAAUUGGUGGUGUAACAUGGUGAAGAAAGCUCUUGUGCCGAUAAAAAUUAUAAUAAACAUUCAUUAAAAGCCAGUUGGAGUUAAAAAUAAUAAUUUUGCAGCAUUUUCUAAAAGCCAAAGGUUUGCCUUCUUGGGGACAUGCUUUUCAUAACAAAGAGGCCACCUCUGAGAGGUUCUAUAGCCUCACAUCUCAUGGAGAUCUUAAUACAGGAAUGGGCUUGUUAUAGGGAGAAGCACUCUUGGGAGAUGCUGAGGUCAAGUUAUUUAGUUACCGUAUUUUUCGCCCUAUAGGACGCACUUUUUCCCCUCCAAAAAUGAAGGGGAAAUCUGUGUGCGUCCUAUGGGGCGAGCGCAGGCUUUCGCUGAAGCUUGGAGAGCGAGAGGGGUUGGUGUGCACCGACCCCUCUCGCUCUCCAGGCUUCAGGAAACUAUCAGCAAGCCUGAGGAGCCCGCGGGAGUUCCCGCAGGGCUCCCUAGGCAGAUAGCAGCCUGCUUCCCGGAGUGCGGAGCGCGCUGAAAGCAGAGCGCCCGGCGCUUCAGGAAGACAUCCGCAGCCUGCUGCACGGAGCGCGGGGCGCGCUGGAAGAAGAGUGCCCGGCGCUUCGGGCAGACAUCGGGCAGCCCCACAAGCUCGGGGGACAGCGGGGAGGUGGAGCGCCGCCAUCCCGCUGUUCCCUGACCUGGUUUGGAUUCCCCGACCUGGUUUUGGGAGGGAAAUAAAGGAAAAAAUUGUUUCCUUUAUUUCCCCCCCGAAAAAACUAGGUGCAUCCUAUGGGCCGGUGUGUCCUAUGGGACGAAAAAUACGGUAACUACGUUGUUGGGGCUACUUCAAACCUAUAGAAGCAGCAUGUGAUACAAUCUUGGAGGACUGUACCAUUUUAGACUAAUGCUGUGAGAUCUCAUAAAAGACUCCCUGUUGUUAAUAAUCUGCACAAGAGAUGCAUUCAAGCAUAGAUUUCUGGUGUAGAAAGGAGAUAACAUGUAGAAGUAUUCAAAUCUGCAGUUCCCAACCUGAAGUAGUACAGUUCUUACUAGGGAUAUGCAGCAGCUUCAGAUGAACCCUAAGUGGAAUCAGGGGACUGGGGCCGGGGUGAACUUGCCCUAUGCAACCAGGAUCUCUGUGAAGCCUCCUGUGUAAAAAAAAAAAGUGAUUUCAAUGUUACUAUACUAUACUGGUUGCAUCCUUCCUGUUCAGCUAGCUAGCAAAUGUAAAACAGGCACACCAGAACUUAGUUUGCAAAUCACUGUGAGUUCUGUGCUUUUGUUGUGGGGCAUACUAAGGCUUUUUGAUUUUCAGAUAGUUACAGCUAUCCACCAGUACAGGGACAGUUUCAGAGAUGACUCAGAAAUUGCUAUUAGAACAUCACACUCUCACUGGGGAUGCCACAAACACCUGCAAUAUGAUUAUUCACACUGCAGUAUUUUCCUACUUCUCCUCCCCAUCAUAUUUUAUAUUGCCCCAGGAAAGAGAUUCUUGGUACUUCAUUUGCAGGUAUGGUGCUGCUAAUGUGCCUGUUCUAGACUGUGCUCAUUAUGCCUAUAAGAGUACAUCAGAUGUUAACAUUAAAUCUACUUUUCAGCUGUGUUCCCAGUCAAAUUUUAAACGAGUCCUUAGUGUGUGAUAUCUAUGUCACAGGUGUCACCACAGAGCCUACAAGACAUUUGUAAUGUCAAUUAAUGUGCAAAGACAAGCUACUGUACAGAUGAUGGAUAAAGAUGCCCGUUCCUGCAUGGCAAAUGCCAAGGCACUUCCCCUCCAUAACCCGCAUUAAGAAUGGAAGUUGCAGCACAUGUUAGGGAGGGCUUCUUUAAGAUAGAAUUUUGUGUUCUCUCUAACAGAUUUUUUUGCAGGUUUUCUGCAGGCUGUCUAACAUUGUGUGUCCCCCUAUUGGUGGGAAUGUGUCAUUUAGAUCCUGACUGGGGAGGACUGGAAUUCGGUGAUGUAUGAUGGGAUCAUGGCUUAUGGCGGCCCCUCUUUUCCAGGAAUGUUGGUCUGUAUUUACUUCAUAAUCCUCUUCAUCUGUGGAAACUGUAUCCUUUGCUACUACCUUUGUGUUCUUUGACAACUGGACAGCAUUAGAGGUUGAUAUGGUUGGGCACAUGCUGAGGUCCAUGACUGAGCCAAAGGGCUACUGCUAACAAGCUUCUUGGCCCCUAGUGCUCUUCUCCCUCACUACCUGCACCUGCUUCCUCACCUAACUUUUCAUUUUGACUGAGUAUGUCAUUCUCUCACCUGCUUCUUCAGGGGGGAUAGACGGAUGAGUGAGUAGAGACAAUAGGGAGGACAGCAAAGAGAUAUUUGGUACCUUAAAGAGAAAUGCAUUUUUGUUACCUAAAUUUUCAUGGAUCAGUACUCACUUUUCCGGAUGCAAGUAAUGUUGAGGAGCAGACCUGAGGAUAUGCAGUUAAAAGAAUUAAAAGCAGGUGCAGCCCACAGUUAUGAUAGCAAUGAGCAGGUGACCUCACUGAGGGCAUAUUGCAGGAUCUUAGUAAUUCAAAUCCUGAAGCUGGCACUUAAGUAGUAAGACCCUGCCACUUACUACAAUUUAAAAAAUAGCAAAAGGAAAGGAAAGGAAGAUUUUUGAAGUACAAAAAAAGAACCAUGUUAUAAUUGUUUUACUGAGUAUGCUUACAUUAAUAUACUGAAAAAGUGAAGUUUUUGUUACAAAAGUGGGUAUUUAAAAAAAUGGAAAUUUCUUUUAAAAGAAAUCCAUCUUAAACUAUAAGAAAUAAUAUGAAGAAUUGCAGCAUUCUAUGUAUUUCUAACUAGUAUGGCAGCAUAGCGUUCAGCUUUCUUACACUGAUCACACACGUCUUCAGAAAAGCACCAAAUUAGCACCAUAUGUGGACUAACACAUGAUGAUUUUCAGAUAUGGUGUGUAAUAUUGUGCAUGUGUUCCAUAUGCGGCUGAUUUAAUAUUUGAAUAUUAAUAACACAUGAUGAGUUGUUAAACAAUUGUGCACAUUUCCAUUGAUGUGCCAAAUUUACAAGAAUCAUUUGCAGAUCUGGAGCAUGUGAUAUUGUACAGGGGUGGGUGGGCCAUAUUUCUGUGGACAAUUUUCUAAUAGAUCAAAAUUUGGUUAUGGACCCACUAAGAUGGCAUGGACUGGCUGGAUGCAGAGGUGGGAGGCACCUGCCAGGGAACCCCCAAGGAAAGAAGGCUCUGAUCCAGGGGAUUGGUAGUGGCAUGACAAUGAGUGGUCAGAGGGAAAAGAGGGAGCAGACGGGGUGGGGGAUAUCAGAAGCUGAGGAGGUGACAGGGUUUAGUGAGCAGGAAGAGUCUGUGGCAGAGAGCAGUCCAGAACAGAGGCAGAAGAGGAGGCUAGAGAGGGGAGCCAAGAGGCAGAGAUGAGUCAGGCUACUGAAGAAGCCGGGGGGGGGCUCCCCCUCCUCCUGUGACCAGUUUUUCUCCCCACUGGUCUCCUAGAACCAGAAAAGGUAUGAAAAGGAUGGAGCAAAAACAGAAAGGGCAUCAAGGGUCUCAGAUUGCUUGGAAAGGGCCAGGGGAAGAGGAAACUUAGGAAGUUGUGAGAAGGUGGGGACCUUCAGCCCUUGCAACUGCCUCAUUGGGGCAAGAACUACUGGGAAGGGUUGCUAUACUCACUGGCCCUGGCCUCCUGUGCUGUUUUGUUUCUUUGAAUAAAGAGAGUUAGCUUUACUGACAUGAUAUUAGUUAUUGUUGACCUGUUCCUGAUACCUGCCCUGACACUAUCUAGCCAACUCUCAGAACAAUAUGGCCAGAACAAAAACAGGAAAGUGAAUGCAAUGGCAUGUUGUAGGUCAGGGGUAAGGAACCUCUGGGCUAUGGGCCUGAUUAGGCCCAUCAGGCCUCCUCAUUAGACUCACAAGGUCAUUUCAUCCAAGCCACGGCCACCAGUCUUACACCUGACAUCAUAUAAGGAUCAGGUGUGGGACAGAUAAAGGUGGGGCUUGAACAAAAGGGGCUUUGAAGCCACUGCAGGUCAGCUGAUCAAUGGUGCCUGUAAAGCCAUUUGUGCAGAGCUUCCCCCCUGCCAACACUCAGUUGAUUAUCAAUGCUUAGGAAGUGCUGCACACUUUUCUGGCCUGCAGUUUGAUUUCAACCUCUGCAGGCAAAAAUGGACCCCCUGACAUCAGGUGAUGGACAGGUAGGCGGUCCCACUCACCUGUCAAACUUGGCAUGCUGGUCUGUGUGGAGCUAAACAUCAUUCCCACUGGUCAGAUCUGGUUUCCAACCUCUGAAGUUGUGGCUGCAUCUAAACAUGUUUUCUUUAAUAAAACAUGCAAACAGACAUCUUGCUGAAUGUCUUUUUGGCCAUUGCUGUGGACAACCUUGCUGAUGCUGAGAGCCUGACAUCUGCUCAAAAAGAGGAAGAAGAGGAAAAAGAAAGGAAAAAACUAGCUAGGUAAACCCUUUGUUUCUAGUUUGGUAUAAAACAAUGUCCCUAGAUGGUUCUUGAGAGUAAAGGCAUGUCCAAUCAGCCACAUUUUAUAUCCCUGGUUUGGUAUUGUAACUUACAGGUAGAAUAAAAGUAGAUUAUCUUUCCCUUCUGUGUUCAUUCUGAUAAGCCAAAUAUUCAAAUGGCAGAGUUGACACUGGUACUGGUCAACCAUGUUGGCUCACUAGAGACUAGUGCUUCCUGUGGCUUGGUUUUAAACAUCAGAGAGGCAGAAACCACUCAGUGCCCAAAAUUAAUGCUUCUGUGCAUGCGUGUCUCAAAAUUUGGUGGUUUUGGUUGUUAUAUGUUAUUCAGUCAGCAUCUAUUAAUCUUUCAAAUUCUGUGGAAGCUUCCAUCAGAUGAAAAAGCAUCCAUAAAGGGGGUGGAGAGAGCGAAAAAGAAUGAAAAUAAGUUUCUUUCCCCCUCUACUCCCUGAAAAGCCCCUCUGGAAAAUGGGGGCCAUUCUGAACUGCGUGGGAUGGGGCAUGGGAGCUGCAGAGGGGAGGGGAGCAUGAGAAACUUUUCUUCCAUGAACUUCCUUAAAUUACCUUAGGCUGCAAACCACUGUAUUUUAGAAAAUCUCUUAUUAUAUAGUUAAUGGCAUCUCACCAGCUCAUCUUAAUGAGAGGUGAGGUCUGUGUUAUAAUAGAAAUGAAAUGGUUGAGCAGAUAGCCUAGGAGGGUCCUCAAAGCCAUCCCUUUUCAUACUUUAAUGACCUCCUAUGAGAAGGCAUUAUUUUCUUCUUACAAUACCAAAUUCUUCUUCAUGAACAUGAAACAGACAUUGUUCAUUGGAGUUUCAAGAUUUGGGGGGGGGCAGCGAUAAUAAAGCAGAUAGGGGAACACCUCUGCCUCAUGUUCUUGUCAGAAUUGUACCAAGUGCUUGUUGACACGAUAAGCUAUGCACUACUCAUGGGAGUCUGUAACAGAAAACACCAUUCCAUAUUUUGCAAACAUUUGCAUUUCCCUUUUUUGCUGAAUUAUUAGGACUGCUAGUCCUGAAAAGAAACAGGAGCCUGAGAAGCCAGCUGUGGAGGGGGAGACAAAGGAGGAGAAAAUUGAACUGAAAUCAAUCACUGCCGAUGGAGAAUCUCCACCUUCUAAUAAGGUCUGCUGCUUGUUACCUUCCUACUUGCUUUGCCAAAUCAUAUUUAUGAAUGACUGAAUCAAUAAAAUGGGAUGAAUGAAUAAAGCAAGCUCUAUUGUGGUUUUCCCUUCUUUUUGUCAGAGCAAUGUAGAUGAAUAUCAGCCUAAUGAAAAUGAAGAAAAGAAUCCUUAUCCUACUACAGAGACACCAGGUAAUUCACUGCUGUGCUCACUUUUUUCCCUCCCACUAGCACAAGAAGCUGAAACUUAAAACACCGAAGGCAGUUCCAGCUGCAUCACAAAUAGAUCCAUAUCACCCAAUAAAAGAUAACCAGCUGAUAAUUGUACUUGGCAAGAUGGAAUCAUCUCUUUAGUUCUAUGGAAAUAACAGGUAUUUGCCAGAUCCAGAUGGGAGACAUUCCUAGAUUGAGAUGAUGCCUCCUACUGGAGGAUCAGGCAGGGUCAUUUCAAGCCUGUUGCCUCCUCUCCAAAGGGAGGGGUCAUCUUUCUAGCCAGACCAACCCUGCCUGUGGUUGGUGAAGGCUAGGUUCUUGUGUACUUUUGCUGUCAGCCAGUUUUUUCUGUCCCUAACGUCUCUCCUUUUCUUGUGGUGCUAUUACUUGGAUCUAUGAGUGUUUUGGUUUUGGUGUUUUCUCCUCUCUGUGUUUAUUUUUCUCUUGACUUUUUUGUUUCUGUUUCUGUCUUUUCCUUCCCUGGUUGUUGUGCUUUCCCUCCUCUCCUCAUUGUUGUCCUUUCUGAGUGGUGUGGAGGAAGAGGAGAAUUUCUUUGGAUCUGGUGGGUCUUACUAGAUCCUGGAAGGCGUUGUACCUCUGAUGGGGCAGUCUUUGGGCACUGGAGUGCGGUGGCAUGUCCACUAACAAGCCUGAAUGCCGUUUUGUUUUCUCUUGUUGCUUGAAGCAGCUGUUUUCCUCUGUGCCUUUUUUUCCGGAUGGUCCACAAUAAUCAACCAGCAUGGCCAUCAGUGUUAGACUACUCCCACUGUCAGGCUGGUGAUUGCCCAGUCAUUUGGUGGUUCCUGGCAUUGUUGUGAUCCCAGCUAUAUAACUAGCAGGUACACUAGUGCCUGGAAGUAGGGUUGUUACUGCACACUGUUGACAAGUGGUUUAGCAUGCUGAAAUUGUUUCCCAUCUUUUUUCCCCUGAGGUUAUGGGAAACUGUAUUUUUGAUGGCUUUAUCUCUACUUUAUGUGGGCUCCUGCUAUUAUGGUUUCCCAACAGUGGACUUGUCUGACUGUAGAACCUCCUUGGCUAAGAGGUCUCUGUGUUUGAAUCCAUCUUUGUAGCUUUAGACCAGCAAUGCAUACAUCAUUACUACAGAAGCUCCUGGUGUCUUUUCUUGGGAAGGGAGAAUUCCCUUGUUUUUUUCUCCUGGGUCAGGAAGUUUACUUUCCAGGAGAUUCAGAGAGGUUGAGUAUUCCUUGCAGUUUAGUUCUGAGGGAGGGGAGAGGAAGGACCCCUUCUACAAAGUCUUACAAGCACCAUAAGAAGAACAGGGGGCAGCAAAUUCUAGUUCUGUGGGAUCCCCUCCUCCUCCCCUUUCUUCUAGGGCUGUUUCUUGAAGUCAGUCCAGGUCUCAUGCUAGGAAAUGUGUAGUGGAGACUGGGGCUGUAGUUGCUGGGACAGCUGGCAUAAGAGAGUCAGGAGCUGCUGGUCCUGAGGCUAGAAGGAAGUAUCAGCAGGCAACUCUGGUGGUGAGUUCUGAAGCCCCUUUUUCUUAUAUGGAUCCCCCCCCCAUUCCCCCUGCCCCCCUGAGAGGAAGGGUAGGUGAGAAAGGGCUGGAAGAAGUUCAGUCUGAAAGUAUUUGCUUCUGAUGUUUUUCUGGCCCUUUUGGCCAAGGCUCACAGGGUCCUAGAACUGACUUAGGAAGAUCUUCAUGUGCAGCCUUUCUCCUCUCAGUCCUUGGAUGUGGGUACAAAGAGGGUCUUCCCUACUUCUUUGAACAAACUCCUGCAUGUAUCCAAGAAAAAUAGACACCAGAGCCAUCUUAGACCUCAGCAGGCUCAGCAAAUGUGUGGAGAAGAAAUGCUUCAAAAUGAAGACUUUGAGGUCCAUCAUGGCAGCACCAAGAAGGGGAGACUGGAUGACCUUAACUGAUGUCUCCAUGUCUCAAUCCAACCUUCCACUGGUGGUUUCUCCAGUUCACCUACAGUCAGAAUCUCUACCAUUACUGGGCAUUGCCUUUUAGUCUCAUUUGGCAAUGAGAAUCUUCACCAAGGUAUUGAUAGCACUGGGCCCAUUUCCACACCAGAGGCAUUUGCAGUCAUCCAUAUCUGGUCAACAUUCUGAUCUAUGCUCCAUCUAGGGGACAGGUUCUUCAAGUGACCAUGGCAACAGUCUCCUGCCUGCAUGACCUAGGGUUUGUGAUUAAUGUGAAGAAGAGUGUCCUCUCUCCCACUUAGUAUUGGGCACACCUUGGGGUUUGUCUGGACACAAACUAGUUCUCCAUGUGUCUGACAUUAGAGUGAGUGGCAGCACUUCAUCUUGCCCUGGGCACUGCUUUAGUGGAUCUGAUAGCUUGGUGUCAUGUUUUGACUUUGUGUCAUGGACUCAGUUGCACACUCGGUUACUGCAAAGACCGUUAACAGAACCUCACUGCAGUGAGGCAUCAUUUGCAGGUGGAAAUCCUAUUGACAGUGAAGAAAGAACUGGUCUAGUGACUGACUCCAUGGUACCUAACUGUGGAUGUGUCUCUGGAGGAGCCUUUCCAAUUGGCGCUCAUGACUUGUAUAUCUGCAGUUGAGGAACUUCUCUAGUUAUUAAGGCUACUCAAGAGGUGUGGACCACUGAAUAAACACAGUUCAGUAUCAGUGGAGUUGGACCCAAGCAACUGGAGAUGGACAUCUGGGGCCAUCGCCUUAUGGUCAGGAUGGAUAAGCCAUCUGCCAAAGUUCACAUCAGUUAUCAGUGAGAUGUGAGAUUGAUGGUGGAGACGGAUACACUUCUGAGAUGAGUAGAGCAGCAUUUACUCAGCUUGAAGGUAGAACAUUUAGCCAGAGUGGACAACCAGACAGCAGACUGGUUGAGCCAGGUAUCAACAAGGGAGGCCAAGUGGCAGUUAAAACCCCUGGUGUUUUGUCUAGUAGUGCACUGUUUGGAUCAGUCAAUAACAGAUCAGUUUGCUUCAUAGAGCAAUGCCCAGCUCGAUACCUUUCUCUUGUUUUCAAUCUCUGGGACCAUGGGGUGUGGAUGCUUUAGAGAUUGAGUGGCCUCUGGGGUUGCUAUAUGCCUUUGCACUGUUUAAUGCAGAAAAUGCUUAAGAAGGAUCAUCAGUGUAGGCUAAGGUGAUCCUGACGGCCACUUACUGGCCAAGAAGGCCUUGGUUUCUGCACCUGGUGAAUUUGGCAGUGCAGGAUCCUUUAAUAUUGCCAGUUUGGGAGGACUGAGCAGUGUACUGGCUAAUCUUGAAGGCCCACCUUUGUCUGCUCACCCUCUUUGUAAAAGAUUUAUUAAAGGUGUGGCACUUGUUGCUCCUCCACUUGUCCAUAGAUUUUUUUCUUGAAAAUUGAAUUGGGUGCUCUCAGUUCUUAUCGGACCUCUUUGAGAUGAUGGCCACUUGCACUCUGAAAUGGUUGACCCUUAAAGUCAUAUUUUGGGUGGCUAUCACCUCAGCCAGAUGUAUUGGAGCUGGAAGCUGACCCCUCCAUUUUAUUUUACGUCCUGAUAAAGUGGUUCUUUGCACAGACCUAGCUCUCACGCCUAAGGUGAACUCCAUUUUUCUUAAGUCACAGGAAGUGAACUUAUCUUUGUUUGGUAAGAAUCCUUCCUACUCCCAAUAAUGUGAAUAGCAUACUUUUCCCAUUUUUAACUCAAGAGGUCAUUCAAUUUCAGGAAGUAUGAGUAGCUGUUUCUGUCUUAUUUGGGCUUCUCUGUUGGGGGAAAAAAGUCUCAUCGUCCUCCGUUUCCCUUUGGCUUCAGGAGGCAGUUAGUGAAGUGUAUUGUUCACUGGGUCAAUUGCAUCCCAAGUCAUCACAGCUUAUUCUUUGAGAAGUGCUGCAGUCUUGGUUGCCUUGAAGAGAACUUUUCUGGUGGGGGUAUCUGUAGGACAGCUAUGUGGGCCUCCCUGGCCCUUUCUCUAGACAUCACAAAAUUAUUUGUUUUGUGGUGGCUGACACAAAUUUUCAUAGGACUGUGUUGCUGAGGCCUAUGAUUGAGUAAAGUGAUUGGCAGAGGAAGUCCACUCUGGGUUUCUGCUUGCACCUAUGUUAUAUGCCAGUCUAGAAAUGCCUUCCAUAUAGAUUUGGCAAAAACAGAAAAUUGUUUUAAAAUAAAUUUCUGUUUGAAGAUCCAGAUGGAAGACAUUAUGCACACCUCUCCUUCCCCUGCUUGCAUUUGGCAGGGAGGGAACUAGGUUAUGGAUUUGCCUGCUUUGUCACAUACUGUUAGGGCUUCCUUUUCCAUCUUAGGGCAUUAUCUUCUGGGGGUGGUGGAGUAAGGGGUUCCUGUGUUGUUUCUGGCAGUUCAGUUUCUGUUUUUUGUCUAUGUCUGGGUUUUUCUGUUUUUUCCUGUGAGUCUUUUUCAGUUAGGCUCAGGGUUUGUGGUUUGCCAGUCGAACAAUCGAUUUGGGGUUGAGGAGUUGUCUAUGCUUUCUAGAGAGGUGACUCCUCCCCCUGGAGAGGAGGCAAAAGGCUUGAAAGGACCCUUCCUGAUACUCCUGUAGGAGACGUCAUCUGAGUCUAAGAAUGUCUUCCAUCAGGAUCUUAAGAAAUUCAUGGUAAGACAAAUUUCCAUUUUUAUUAUACAGUAUUGUAUGUUAUAGUCGCGGCUAUAUGCAAUCUGUGUUACAGCUGUGAGCAGCCACUGGUAUGUCAGGUUUUACAGCCUCACCAGCUGAAAAUUAAGCAGGUCUGUAUAUAUCUGCUUAAUUUACAUUAAGCAGCCAUAUACCUAGCCAAGCCAUAUCCUAGCCAAGGGGAUGGAGCAAAAACCUUGCUGCCUACCCACUGGAAAGGCAACUGGGGGUCUACUCACAUGAGCAUUGGGUUUGUGGGAAGAUAAUGUGAAUUGCGUUAUAUACCAUGACUCCCUUUCUGCGAUGAGCUCGUUGUACAUGCCUGAUAUUGCUCAGUUGCAGGAUUUAAUGGCUUUCAGCGUUUUUUCAAAGGUGCCAUUUUAGUGCUACCUAAACACUGGUGUGCCAGCCAGUGGAUUAAUUCAGCCACUGUGUACAGAAGUUGUAUGAAUCAUUCCUGAAUCAGUAUGGUUUAGUGGGCAGGACGUUUGACUCGGAAACAUACGCAACUAUGAACUUGUUUGGUGCCCUUGGAUAAACCACUGUCUGCAGUAGCAGUUGGUAGGAUAGGGUGGGCUGUGCUAUUUAUCUGGCUUCUCAUUACCAGUGUUACUGCUGGUUAUCAAGAAGGAGAGAAGCAAGGCAACAGGGAGGCUGGUGUGGUGUAGGCACAGCAGUGGAAGCACUGUGUCUACACCUCACCGACUUCCUCACUCCCUUCCCCACUCGAUAGCAGGCUGCAACCAUAGCACUGGGAAGCAAAAAACAAACAAACACAUUUUGACCCAUUACCUCUGACCGCUACUCACUAUAUGUCUCAGUACUUCUGACUCCAUCUCUGAAAUGAGAAUGAGAAUGGCUUGCUUUGUAGGGGAGUUUUAAGUAUGAAUCUUGUCUUUGUACAUUAUGUAUUUUCACCUCUUAAAAGCUCUAAAGAAAACCUCAAUAGUUACCAAAACAUAUUCUAAGUCUGCCAUGUAUGAAAUAUUUGUCUCAAGACCAAACUAGGUGUUACAUGCAAUUCUGAGUUAUUUCCUUCCGCAUGUUUCUUGCUUAUUUUUGCUGUUACCAAAACUAUGGUGGAAGUCCAUACUCUAACCUUUUCUCCUCUAACUUCAAUUUUCCAGCUUAAAAUAAUCUCCCUAGGCCACAGCUUCCCCUGCAAGGAAAAACAUAAUGGGUGGUUUGGAGCUGGAAAAUAUAGAACCAAAGAAUUGUAGAGUUAGAAGGGUCCCCAAGAGUCAUCUAGUCCAAACCCUUGCAAUACAGGAAUCUCAGCUAAAGCAUCCGUGACUGAUGGCUUUUCAACCUCUGCUUAAAAACCUCCAAGGAAGGAGAGUCUACAACCUCCUGAGGGAGACUGUUCCACUGUCAAACAGCUCUUACCAUCAGAAAGUUUUUCCUGGUGUUUAGUCAGGAUCUCCUUUCUUGUAAAUGAUUUAGGGGGUGGGCGUGGCGUUAAACACCAAGGCUGCUUUGUAGUGUGUCCCUAAGAUAUUUGCUUCUGAGGCACAGCAUCUGGGGGGUUGCCCUAUAUAUUUGCAUGUAAUUUCCCCAAUCAUGUAUAUUUAUUCCUGUUUGCGUAUCAGAUGCUCUGUGAUCAUUGAACAUGUUGGACUCCUUAUUAGCAAACCAAACCUGUGGCACUGCAGAUGUGAAUAAUGUUUUCUCAUAUCACCCAUCUGGAACAGCAUCUGACUUUAGACCUCUUCUUGUACUCUGUCUGCAUGCAGGUGCUCUUGUUAAGCCAGGCUUUUGCUACAUCCAGACAACUCUGGAUAUCAUUAUUUUUAUCCUGCAGCUAUUUCAAAGCAUUUUUUAAAAUCUCAAGUCUUAUUACCAAAGAUUCUUUUCCAGAUACCACCAGCCAAUCUUCUAGAAAUCUCUCAUAGUCACCAAAUCCCUCAAAACUGUUAUUUUAUCUGCUGCUUCAAUGAGAUCAAUUCCUUUCUUCAACAAUGUUUUUCAGCCUGCCCAACCAGAUGGAAAGAGUACUCAAAGCACUCUUGGGCUUGCCUAUCGGAAGGUUGGCAGUUCGAGUCCACCCAAGAGGGUGAACUCCUGUUGCUCUGUCCCAGCUCCUGCCAAUCUAGCAGUUUGAAAACAUUCCAGUGUGAGUAGAUAAAUAGGUACUACUGUGGCAGGAAGGUAAACGGUGUUUCUGUGCACUCUGGCUUCCAUCACGGUGUCCCGUUGUGCCAGAAGCUGUUUAGUCAUGCUGACCACAUAACCUGGAAAGCUGUCUGCUGACAAACACCAGCUCCUUUGGCCUGAAGUGAGAUGAGUGCCGCACCCCAUAGUCAAGUCUGCCUGGACUUAACCAUCCAGGGGUCCUUUGCCUUUUACCUGCCCUGCUGAAGUUGUGGAUAGACAAGUUUGGUUCACUGGGGUCCUUUUGGGGGGUUUUGUGGUAAUGGGAAUCCUUACAAAUAGGUAACCAGACAUUCUUUGACUAUAACUACCUUGCCCAUCUGCAAGCUUUUGAGCAGGUUUCCCCAUCUAAAUUAUGUCCAGGAAGGUGUUUCUCAGUUUCCACUAAAUGGCAGCUGAUAUUCAUAGUUCAGCAACGGGACAGAUGCUGCAUGACAUGCUUGCUUGCCAUGGUCAAUUAUGGGUGCUUUGUUGUUGCAAUAUCUUCUUCUUUCACAAUCACUCGUGGCUGAAUAAGAUUGUCUUCCAUGAACACUGUGUCACCAGUGGAGGCCAAUUCUGGAUCCACAUGUCCUUCCACAGUGGGGACAUAGGUUUUUGGACGAGAGUUGAUCACGGUGAGGGUUUGUCAAACAUGCCUUCCUCUUAGCUCGUUUCUCCUUUUCGCCCUGAGUUUGUGCUUCUUCAAAGUCCAUGACACCUUUGGUAAAGGCUGUUGGUAAAACCUCCCUGAGUGUUAAGAUCUGCUUCAAAGGUGCUGGUCAUUGACUUGUCGAUUUUGGAGUAUAUACUAGGAGAAUGUAGUAGCUCCACAGUUGUUGAAUUCACUUCCCAUUGAGCUUUGCCAGCCUCACCCCCACCCUCCACCCCCAUCAGCUUUUAGAGGUGGUUGAAAAGCAUUUUGGGAUUGAUUUUAAUUUAGAUCUAUAUUUUAAUUAUUUGCUGCAUGUUAACUGAUAUUUAUUUUAUUGUAAUUUGAUUGUUGUUUUCUUCUUUUAUUUGUAAAACUUCCUUGGGAGAACUUAUUCUUAAAGGCAGGAUACUUAACUAAGGACCUUUGCAGUAGAACCUCUGGCAUGCUGCUCUCUCAACCAGCGCUACAGCUUGCUUAGAUAAUGUAACUGCUGGCUUGACUGUCAGCUUCUCCCAUUGUAACAUUUCACUGCAGGUGGCUUGAAGGUGGUAUAUCAACUCACCAGCACAGCAGAGGGCUGAUGACACAAGGCACUAUUUGAUUUCCACUAAUUCUUACCAAUCUUCUGACUCUGGCUCCUCCAUCCGAGUAACUCAUUGCUCAGGUAUAGGCUGAACAGUUCUCACACUACUUGUGUUGGAUUUUUCACCCACCUUCAAGACUGCCUACCAGUUUCCAGGCUCAACUAUCUAUCAGAUCAAUACUUGCUUUUCUCAAGACUGCCAGCUCUGACGUAAAGCUUACCCACUGAGAAUCUAAGAGGAGUGCAGUGGGCAUUUGUAUCAUUGGCCAAUUUAUGACAUGUCUUCAGGGCUUAGGUAUGUAAAUGCAGCCACAGUUGAGCUCUCCAUGGUAGCUGCUGCUUGCCUGGAAGUUUCUCCACUUGCAUCUUAUCAGCACCCACCUCUCAUACCUCCAGGAUUGGGAUGAGGUUGAGCAGGUCCAGACCCAUCAUGCACUUCAUUCAGUUUUUUAUAAGCUCACGUUGCCCCAGUUUUCACAUUAAUCUUCUUUGCUCUACCUUUGAUGUCUCAGCUUCAGACUGCAAUGCUGCUCCAGGCAUCCCCCAGCGGCAGGCCCUCCAGGCACUCAUUAUGCAACUCUUCAACCUGCCUCUUGGCUCUUGCAACCGCCACUAAAGAGAUCUGCUAUGCUGACAAGCUUCUUUUCAGCAAGAGAAUCAUGAUGAUGAUGAUGUAUUCAAUGAGAGUAGACAGAGUACUAAUUUUACAAUCUAGUUUACAGGCAAAUUAAAGAGUUUAAGCUCUAUAAGUACAUACAAUGAGGAUGAAAGCCAGAAUGAUGCCAAAACCUGGAAGAUAAACUCAGAGCAAAAGUAAACAUUGAAAAGGCUCCAUCAAUAUCAUUAUCAUCAUUAUUAGUCAAAUGUACUGCACUUCUAAGUUCCAAAGGGCUUUCCAGGCUUUCCCUUGUUCUCCUUUAUUUAAGGAAGGCAAUUGUGUUUUUAAUAUAUAGGAAUCAUCAGAGAGAGUAGAUUCUGGGUUGAAUAAAGAUUAACCGUAGGUAUCCAAGGCUCAUUUAUUUGUGAAGGAAAUUUUUAUAUUGCCAUCUACCACAUGUUCUCAAGGCAGGUUCCAAUAACACCUUACUGUGCACUUACUUUUAAAAAAUCAUUUAAAAAUCCCUUUAUUUGAUAAAGACCAUUUAAUUACUGUUGUUCAGGGGCUCAACAAAAGAAAAAUGUCUGCCCCUGAUAUUGGAACCCAUUUGGCAUUGGUGUCUAUCUGAUCUCAAGGACAAGAGAGUUUCAAAGCUGGAUCACUACCAUGGGAAGAGACUGUUCUUGGCUCUAGUCAGUAAAGGUAAAGGGACCCCUGAUCUUUAGGUCCAGUUGUGGCCGACUCUGGGGCUGCAGUGCUCAUCUCGCUUUAUUGGCCGAGGGAGACGGCGUACAGCUUCUGGGUCAUGUGGCCAGUAUGACUAAGCCGCUUCUGGCGAACCAGAGCAGCACAUGGAAACGCCAUGGGUUAAACCACAGAGCCUAGGACUUGCUGAUCAGAAGGUCGGCGGUUCGAAUCCCCGCGACGGAGUGAGCUCCCGUUGCUCGGUCCCUACUCCUACCAACCUAGCAGUUUGAAAGCACGUCAAAAUGCAAGUAGAUAAAUAGGCACCGCUCUGGCGGGAAGGUAAACGGCGUUUCUGUGUGCUUCCCCCCCCCCCCUUUCUAGUCAGUAGGUACCUGUUAAUGGUGGUUCUGUCAACAGGGCCUCCCUUGCAGAUAUCAACAAAUGGGUAGGCCAAUUUUGAGAGAGGCACUCUUUCAGGUAGUUGUGUUCCAAGUCAUUUGGGGCAUUAUAUAUCAAAGCCAACUUCUGGGAUUAGCCUCUGUGACAUAUAGGCACCCAGUGCAUGUGCUUCAAAAUUGAUUUAUAUGUGCUUGGGCUGCCAUCCUUGUCAGCACCUUUGCAUCUGUCUUCCAGUCUCCAAACCAAAUUCAAGGGUAGCUCUCUGUAGAGCACAUAGCAGUAAUCAAGCUAGGAAGUUACUAGGCCAUGGAUUAUGGUGGCUAGGCUAUUCCUGUCCAGCCAGAGCAGGCAACAGGCACUCUGCACCCCACCAGCUAUCUAAGGUUCUGGUAACAAUGUGAAAUCAAUGAGUGCUCCCAACUAUGCACUUGAUCCUUUAGGGCAGGGUUAUCCAAACUUUUGUCUCCAGCUGUUUUUGGACACUUGGCUUUUAAAGAAGAGGCAAUUUAUGAACACAGAAUAAUCAUAAAAAUGAGAUAGUAAAGGAAAGCUUGCUUAAGGAUUGCUGUUAGGAUGCCAGUGCAGACAAUUAAACACGGCUAUUGUUUUGUACCAUCUUUUAGUUUUUCUGUUUAUCUAGAUAAUUACCUUAAUGGCACCUGUGGAGUGUGUGCGUGUGCAAGUUUUCAAGCAUCUUACUGUUGUUCUGUUCACAAACACAUUAGACUUCUGGAGGUGCUUGAAAUCCUCAAAGUAUUUUUCCGAACCCUCCCUGUAUUCCCACAGGCCAUCCAGGGCCCCUUCUUGCAAUUUCUUCCUUGAAGGAUAGUCUCAGAUCUCCACAGUGCCUGGAGCUCUCAUUUUUAAGAAUUUGUUUCAAGAGUUUUAGUUUUUAAUUCUUCUGCCUUGCCUGAAUUCUAAACAAGCAACAAAAUGAAGAAUUUAUUUCCAUCUCUUUUUAGGGAAAAAUGGCCAUUCCACCUGGUGUUGUGUGCCCUAUUCACAUCUAAGGGCAGGUCAGGUGUUAACUCCAUGCUCCAUUCCCCACAGAGGUGGGGAAAUGCCCAAUUUGCCCCAAAGCAUUCUUCACAGCAUUAUUAUUAUAUUUUCUUCUCAUUAUUAUUAUCAAAUGAUUACCUAUGCUUCACCCUAAGGUUCCAGAGUAAGUUACAACAAUUUAAAGUAGAACAUUAAAAACAGUGUAAAAAUUACAGUUGAAGAUCCUAAGAACUCUCUUCUGAAAGUAUUAGAAAAAAUACAGGAAUUUGGGCAAGUAGCAGGUUUUAAAUUAAAUAAAAAUAAGACAAAGCUGCUAGUCAAAAACCUAUCACAAUCGGAUAAAAAAGUAUUAUAUCAAAUCAUAGAAAUCGAGAUUCAUAAAAAAUUAAAUAUUUAGGAAUCUGCCUUACAAACCAAGAACAUUAAUAUCUUUAAAGAUAACUAUGAAAAGAUUUGAAAUGAAAUAAAAAGGAAUCUAGAAAUAUGGGUUAGAAUGAAUUUAUCAUUAUUAGGAAGAAUUUCAGGGAUUAAGAUGAACAUAUUGCCAAAAAUUUUGUUUUUGUUUCAAUCAGUGCCGGUAAUAAGUAACACAGCAUGCUUCAAGAAAUGGCAAAAGGAUAUCUCAAAAUUUAUAUGGCAAGGGAAGAAACCAAGGAUAAAAUAUAAACUACUUACUGACAUUAAAGAUAGAGGAGGAUUUUCCCUUCCAGACUUUAAAUUAUCCUAUGAGGCUGCUUGUGUUACUUAGAUCUAGGAUUGGAUUAAAUUAGAAAAUAUGGAUAUGUUAGAUCUUGAAGGACAUGACAACAGAUUUGGAUGGCAUGCGUACUUGUGGUAUGAUAAAGGGAAAGUACGCAAAAGAUUCUAUAACCACAUAAUUAGGAGAUCACUUUUAAAAGUAUGGGAAAGAUAUAAAGAUUUACUAGAACAAAAGACCCCGUGGUGGCUGUCUCCAACAGAAGCAACCUCAAUUAAAAAAAUAAAUAGUAAAUAAAAAUGGUUCACAUAUAGAGAUCUCUUAAUAGAAAUAGAAGGGAAAUUAAAAUUGAAAGAAUUUGAAGAGUUUUGAGAACAUGUAAAUGAUUGGCUGCAGUAUCAUCAAUUAAAUUAAGUAUUUAAAGAGGAUAAAAAGAAAGGAUUUAGUUGCACUUUAUCCAGAUUUCAAAGAGAAAUCAUAGGUGAUAAUACUAAAUUACUGAAGAAGGUGUACAAUAUAUUAUUAGAGUGGGAAACUAAAGACGAGGAGGUAAAAAUUUAGGACAUAAUAUACAAAUGGAAGAUGGAAAGAAAUUAUGGAAAGUCAAUUUAAAAUUUAUGGAUUGUAUAACUUUGAAACAGAAUUAUAUGAAAAUGAUGUACCGAUGGUAUAUUGUCCCUGUAAAAAUGACAAAAAUGUAUAGAACAAGCUCCAAUAAGUGUUGGGAAUAAUGAUUGUAUUGAAUAUAAAAUUGUAAAACUUAAUAAAAAAAUUUUUUUAAAAAAAGAAGAUCCUCGGGGUCCCUUUCAACUCUACGAUUCUACAGCUCUAUGUCAUGAUGAUGGAAGGAUUUAAUAGCAUCCUGAUCAAUGCAGAAGAAAAUUCCUGUUCCCUGAUUAUUUAUUCUCUUCUAUAGAGUCUACAGCAUAAUUAACAACAGACUUAGCCUAGAUUUUAUGAGGGAAAUCGGAAACCUUUUUCUGAUUAAUAGUAUUUAAAAAGUAUAAACUUUGCCUUUCAGGAGAAGAGGAGGAGGAAGAGCCUGAGAUGCCUGUUGGGCCUCGUCCACGCCCAAUGUCCGAAUUGCACCUCAAGGAGAAAGCUGUGCCAAUGCCAGAAGCCAGUGCUUUUUUCAUCUUCAGCCCCAGCAACAGGUAUUUUGAGGUGGCUGUUUUGUUGUUACAUUUGCUAACCAUGAAUAGCAGAUCCAAAGUCAUACUUCCGUAGUAGUCUGGGAAAGCAUGUGUUUUGUGGUGUCCUUAUUCUUUAGGAUAAAUAUUUUCCAUGCAAACCCACUGGAAAUCUUCAUGCUGUAGAGAAAUGUCUUUCACUUGCAUGAGCCUGGAAGACUUUUUAUAAGAAGCAAAUCAUGAGGAAGAUUUUGGAAAUAUGUAAAAGAAAAAACAAACUUACUAGUUAAUAGGAACUGGACAUGCUAGUUUUCUACAUGGUGGGAAUAUUUUGCACGGAAAAGCAUUUAUUAUUGUUGUUGUUGUUGUUACCUGCCCUGUACUGAAAACCCAACUAAGAGUAUUUUAGAAACAUCAUCAAAAAUGAAUGAUUUUGGGAAAGUCUUAGGCUUUAAAUUAAAUAAAGAAAAAUCCAAAUUAAUAGUGAAAAACAUGGGUGAAAAGAAAAGAGAGAAUUAGAAAUUAAAACCGAAUUAAAAAUAACAAAUAAAGUUAAUUACCUGGGCAUUUGGAUUACGAAUAAAAAUAUAAACUUAUACAACGAUAACUUUGUAAAAAAAUUGAGAGAAAUAAAAAAAGAUUUGGAGAUUUGGGGGGGGUUGAAUCUGUCAGUGUGGGGCAGGAUGUCAAUACAGUGGUACCUCGGGUUAAGUACUUAAUUCGUUCUGGAGGUCUGUACUUAACCUGAAACUGUUCUUAACCUGAAGCACCACUUUAGCUAAUGGGGCCUCCUGCUGCUGCCGCGCCACUGGAGCACAAUUUCUGUUCUCAUCCUGAAGCAAAGUUCUUAACCUGAAGCACUAUUUCUGGGUUAGUGGAGUCUGUAACCUGAAGUGUAUGUAACCCGAGGUACCACUGUAAUUAAAAUGACCGUGCUACCAAAGAUGUUAUUCUUAUUCCAAACCUUACCAAUAAUUAGUGGAAUCAAAUGUUUCAAAGACUGGCAAAAAGAUCUGGCUAAAUUCAUCUGGCAAGGUAAAAAACUGAGAAUAAAAUUCAAAAUAUUAACAGAAAUCAGAGACAAAGGAGGUUUUGCGGUCCCACAUCUUAAAUUAUAUUAUGAAGCAACAUGCUUUGUUUGGCUCAAAGAAUGGAUAAUAUUAAAAAAUACCAAAAUACUUGACAUAGAAGGGUGGGAUAACGUCUUUGGAUGGCACGGUUAUUUGGGACAGAAUAAAGUGAAAAACCACAGAGGGUUCCUUAAUCAUAUAGUAAGGAAGGCCUUAUACAAAGUUUGGGAAAGAUACAAAAUAAUUUUAGAACCCCCAAACUCCAUGGUGGCUUUCACCAGUGGAGGCAAUUGCCAUCCACAAGAAGAAUAUGGGUGAUAAUUGGCCAGUGUAUAAAGACUUAUUAGAAGAACAAAAUAAUCAAUUAAAAAUGAAAAAAUAUGAAUAACUUAAAAAGAUUGGAAUAACCUGGCUACAAUACCAUCAGUUAAACACAACUUUUGAAAAAGAUAAAAAAAAUGAAUGGCUUUGAAGGUAAAAUAUCAGCACAAGAGAAGGGCAUACUACAAGAUAAUAUGAAGACACUAUAAAAAAUGUGUAGGUUACUUUUAGAUUGGAAUUUUAAAGAUGAAGAAAUAAAAGAAGUAAUGAUAAAGUGGGCACAAGAUCUGGGCCACCACAUAGAAUUACAAAAAUGGGAUGAGUUGUGGAAAAGAAAUCUAAAAUUUACGGGAUUUUAUUUAAUCAAAGAAAAUUUCAUGAAAAUGCAAUUUAGAUGGUAUUUAACCCCCUCGAAAAUGGCCAAAAUAAAUAUGUUACAACAAUAAAUGUUGGAGAUGCAAAGGUCAUGAAGGAUUUUUUUCCACAUGUGGUGGACGUGUCCAGAAAUCAAAAAAAUCUGGGACACGGUCUACAAGGAGAAGAAAAAAAUAUUAAAGUUUACAUUCAAUAAAAACCCAGAAGCAUUCCUACUAGGGAUUCUAACAAAUAACAUUCCAAGUGAAAAAAAGAAGAAUAUUUCUCUAUGCAGUAACAGCAGCUUAGGUGUUAGUGGCAAAAUAUUGGAAGAGUGAGCAUAUUCCACCAAGAAAGGAAUGGCAACUACGGUAAAAUUCUGUGAGUACUUGGAACUCGCAAAAAUGACAGAAUCAGUAAGAAAUAAGUCAGUAGAUAAUGUGAAAAAAGAGUGGGAAUGCUUCAGAAUUAUUUGAUGAAACCAGGUUCUACCUCUAAGAUUUGAUUGUGUUUGGAAUAAUUCCGUACAUAGAGAUACAUUGCUCUCUCAUACCAAGAUGAGGAGAAAAUAUUAAAUACAGGGGGGGAAUUCAAUCAAAAUCAACUGUUAUGAGGUAGAUGGAAGUCCACAACAAUUAAAAUACGCAAAGAGAUUCAGUCCAUAUGGAAAGGUAUCAUAUAUGAGAAAUGCUACUACAUAUAGGACUGAAUCUCAUUGAAUAGUAUCGAAUGGAAGAAAACUAUAUUGUUUUUGUCAUUGUCUUUGUUUUGUCUUUGUCUGUUUCUUAUUUCUUUUUUUAUAUGUAGAGAUGUAAGGUUAUUAAGUGAUAUUAUUUGAUUUAUGUAGUAGUUAUUAAUGCAUGUGUCUGUUAUCUAUGCAUUUAUUUCUAUAUUUGAAAUAAAAAAUAAUACAAAAAAGAUUCUUUCUCUCUCUCUCUCUUUGCAGGUUUCGGGUCCACUGCCACCGCAUUGUUAAUGAUAACGUUUUCACCAACUUGAUCCUCUUUUUCAUCUUACUCAGCAGCAUCUCUCUGGCAGCUGAGGACCCUGUCCGACAUACCUCCGUUCGGAAUCAAGUAUGCCUCCCACCUUUCCUUGAGCCUUCACAGCUUGUUGAGAAUGAUGUUCAGCAGCCAGUUGAGGAAAACCUAUCCAAUCCCCACCCCUGCCUGCCCACUAGCUUCAUGUUGGUACAGAUAAAUAUAGCUAUAUCAGUCCAUGCUAUUGCAGACUGCACCCCAAAUUCAUUGAUAAAUCUCUACAUUUAGAUUGAAUUACACAGUUGAAGCUAUCACAUUUUGACUUGCCAUGAUUUUAUGUGGCUUCUGGCAUUUGGAGUUUGUUUGGGCAAGAUUUAUGUGGUGGAAGGGAAGCAAGGAAAUGAAUGAAUGAACAAAUGGCACAGAGAUGGCAAGCAGUGCAGGAAUUUUGUAGAGCACUAUAGCAAAUUGUGAAGUCACUAAAUACCAUACUUUUCUGUGUAUAAUACGAUCCCGUGUACAACAUGCCCCCUAUUUUGGGGGACUCAAAAUUAAGAAAAUGGGGGGGGGGAUUCCCAAAAGUUGUUGAGCUUUUUUGGGGAGGAUUGCACAGAAAUAUACACAGCAACCUUUCCUCUGUCCCAUCACCGAAAGCAGCAGCAAAUGGACCGUCCAAUCGCCGCAGAGACAACAAAUCAACAACAGCGCUUGCAGCAGACACCGAUGACAAUCUCCAACUCGCGGCAGCAACCUAUCCCACGGCCCCACAAUGCACUACCCAUGUAUAAGAUGACCCCUAAUUUUGAACAUGAUUUUGGAAUAAUAAAAAAAAAAGUUUUAUACAUGGAAAAGUACGGUACCCAUAUUCUGAUUACUAGAAGCUGUGCUACUUAGUUCAGAUACUUCAGUAUAUACUUACUACUAGGCACGCGGAGUUGGGCCCAACGCUGGGGGGGGCUGAAGCCCCUUCCUCCCCCUAUAGCUGGCGCCCCUGCUUACUACAUAUUUCUUUAAGGGUGCGUCCAAACUGACGCUCAUAACCUGCUGUGAUGAGUAUGAGUUACUCGUGCGUAAACUGGUGCCUCUCUAGGCUAAUUUGCCUUGUUAAACCUUUCUGACUGCACAGCCCUUUCUAAUCAUGACUGCCUCAGUCACUGGCAGAAUCCGUCAGUGGGCGUUUCUUGAAUCUCUUCCAACAUAAGAGUUGUUUGACACCCAGUCUCCUCCUCCUCUCACUGCGCGGGAGCCUUCUGCGCAGGGAGGGCGUAGGUAGCGGAGGACCUGUUCCCUCCUCACUGAGUUCCAGUGAAGAGUCCGGGAGCCCUCUCUCCGAUUUCCCCAUCUGCCCACCUUUGUUCCUGGUGUUGCGCUUAAAUGCUUCCCCCUCCACUGAGCUGCUUCUCCCCCUGCUGCUGGGUCCUUCUCCAGCAUCAUCUAGGAGCCUCCCCUUCGCCUCCCGCUCCGAUGUCAGUUCCCUGACACCUGCUUAUAGCAGUUCCUGGUUAAUCUGCCAUUUAAGAGUUUUCAGGUUGAAAAACUUUUCUGUGACUGGUCUGUAUAUAUUUUUUCCCUGCCCCUUCUUCAUUUUUGUUUUUGUUUUUAAAUAAAUGGUGAAUUUGUGUCAUCUCCAGGUAACCUAUUGAUCCAGUCACCUUGUUCAUAUCUAUUUUUUUGUAAACAGAUUAAGUGCAGGAGGAAAAAGUACAAAUGAAUGGAAUAAUCUUAAACAAUUUUGUUAAUGUCCUCAUAAAUACGUAACUACAUUACAGAUUUCUUUUGGUUUUAUACUGCCAUGUCCCCGUCCCCCCCAAAAAAAUAAUAAUUCUGGAAACUGUUGUUUACUGAUGGUUCUGGGGAUCUUAGUAGAGACUAUUACAUCAUUUUGAGUUUGUGAUGUAGAUAUCCCCAGAUCAUUUCUAGGUCAUGAGACCUAGUAAUUUGUUUGUAGGGUGCGGGGAAGGACAAAGAAACCUCAAGGAGGUUAGACUGGCCUCAACCAGGGCCAGAGCCUUUUCAUCCCUGGCCCCAGUCUGGUGGAACGCUCUGUCGUAAGAGACCAGGGCCCUGCGGGAUUUGAUAUUUUUCUGCAGGGCCUGCAAGACGGAGCUGUUCUGUUAGGCCUUUGGUCUGGGCCCAGUCUGACCCUCUUCUUUCUAUGGGACCCUGUAUGUAAGUGGCCUCCUUGGCUCUUUCAAUCAGCCCAUAUGGGACCAGCACAGGUGCCCGGGCCUGGUGAACAUUUAAUUCCUUACUCCUAUGGUUACAAUGUGUGGGUUCCCACUUAAUUUUAUUUUGAUCUUAAAUGUGAUUUUGAAUUGUAUUUUAAAUAUAAUCAUUUGAUUUUGUGUUUUUAAUGCAUUAUAUAUUUGGUGUUAGCCACCCUGAGCCCAGUCUCGGCUGGGGAAUAAAUAAACUAAUAAUAAUAAUAAUAAUAAUAAUAAUAAUAAUAAUAAUAAUAAUAAUAAUGCUCAAGUUACAAAGUUAAAUGCUGGACACAAAAUUUUAUAAUGGGCUUGCUGGUAGGCAGAAUACCCACUGCUCUGACUAUAUUUUCUUUUUGCUGUUUAACUUGGGGGGGUAUGUAUAUCAAACCUUGAUUAGGAUAAGGAAGUACCUUCAAAAGCAUAUUCCAAGAUAUUGCUUUUAUCUUCAUUGGAGUGUUCUUCUUUCUGAGUUAUGCAGGACCUUACUUAAGGUCCAAAAAAUAAAAAUAAAAAUAUUGAGUUUACACUAUUUACAGUGGGGAGUCAGACAUGAGAUUCAAAAAAGCCCGCUUUGAGUUCACUCUGCAAAAAUGUAAUCAAUAUGAUUCAGGAAGUAUACGUAUGUUAAUGUUUCUCUAACUGAGCUUUGGGGGGCAUAACAUGAAGAUAGUUUUUUUUGCAUUUGAUAUAUCAUAUGCUACAUUAUUAGGGAAUUUUGAAUAAAAUGGUAAAAGCCUAAGAAAUGUUAUUUAGUGGCCUAAUAUUAGUGCUCAGAAACUGCAGAUACAAUCAUGCACAUAGCUUAAUAAAUGUAAGCAUUUAAAACAUCAAUUCUAUUCCCACUUGCUUGGGAGUAAACCUAACUCAGUGGGACAUCUGAAUAAAUAUGCAUAAGAACAGGCUGCAAGAUUUUCCUCACCAUUAAGCAUAGUGCUCUCCACUGAAGCAAACUUAAAAACUAUCUUUUAAAAGUAGAAUAGCACAAUAUGAUGUUUGGGUAACUGUAUUGCUAAAUAAGCCAGGUUGUAAACUAAAAAGCUCCCGGUGUUUUUGUAUUACAUAGAAGCUGCAUUCAAAAUAAUAAACUUUAGGUUAAAAGAAACAUAUCUCUUAACAGGACUAUCAGAGCUGGAGAUGAGGGAACAAAACAUGUUUUCACAAAAUAUUUGGAUCCUCCCAAAAUUUGCAUGAAAUACCCUUACCCUUUCCUUUUCAUAAAGGAAUCCCUUUAUGAAAGUACAAAAUGCAGAACUGAAGAACAAAAGAAAAAAGUGAAAGAAGAAAAAGAGAUGCAUUAAUUGUCAUACCAGUCUAGGGGAUAGAAAACAGCUGUGAACCAAAUAUGACCAGAGUGUUAAACUGGACGCAUUGGGAUUGCUGGAUCUGGGUACAGUUGUUAGAGGUCAUCAGUGAAUGUGCCCCAUAGGAAUCCAAUUGUACAAUCAGCAUUACCUAACAUCCACACAAAAAACCUUCCAAUAUAAUUACUGGAAGUAAAUCGAAGUUACAUUAGAAAACAUCUUGUCCUUUGAAAGAUUAUUCACAUUUUUUAAAUUACAAACAAGCAAGGAGUUCCACUUGGGCUCCAUUCCCCAAGUUCUUAAUAUGGUGUUGUUUUGAAGCAGUACUGCAUCACAUGCCAUAGGAGUAAUACAGAUUGAAAUGCUGGUGAAUUAGACUGACUAGAGAUUUUCAUCCUAUAUACUUAAACUUUUUUAAAUGUUGUAAGUUAUUUGCAUUGUCAGGCAUUUAACUUUUUACCUUUUGCACAUUCAGUGAAGGAACAAAACAGGCUAGCUUUUUAUCUUAUUUAGAGACAGUAAUUAAUAUAGGGCUGCCAUACAUUUGUUUAGGCACGUCAACCGAAAAAUCACGGUCUUUUGGGGUCUUCCUAAAAAACGCUCAACAACUGGUUUUUACUUUUUGAAAUAUGGCAGCCCUAAAUUAAUAACUAUUAUAUUAGUUUAACAAAGUAGCUUCAGACUUACAUGGCACUACACUAAACUGAACCUCAAUUCGCUCAUCUUUAAUUGCAUUGGCACAGAAAUGGGAACAUAAAGCUUAAAUUUGGGGUGAAAGAUCAAUUGAGUGACCCAGCCUUUCUUUUUGCCUUGGUUAACAAUGACUCCCUAAAGUACGGUACCUUUACACAUGUUUUGUCCAAUGGGCUUUUCAUUUGAUGAAGUUUCUGUACUUCUCUAGAGACAAUAACUCUGUAAGGCUUAAUCAAACUUAACAGUGGAGUCAAGCCAUGAGGAACACAAUCACAAAUUGUACUUCUAACAAUGUAGUUAACAGUAUUCAGGGAACAGAAGAUUUUCCUCUGACAAAGAGCUCUUUUGGCAUUUUCAUUUGCAUAAUGUUGAGUAGCAGCCCCACUAUAACUCCUGGUCAGUUCAGAUGGAGUGAGGAUGAAUCUUGCAGCCCAAUCUUACCCAUGUUUACUCAGAAGUGAGUCUCACUGGUUUGAAUGGCAAGUAUGCUUGAGAUUGUAAACCUGAUAAAAUGAAAGAAAAUAUUUCAAGAGAUGGUUCUCAGAACAUUGUCUUACAGCAACAUAGGCUCAAUCAAUAACUGUUGGGCUUUUUUGUUCUACAGAGGUGAAACAUAAAUUACUUACUAUACUCUUAUUGACCCUGAGAACAUGAUACAAUUGAAUAAAUGAACUAGCAGACGCUGCAAAGCAGUUUGAAAGCACAUUUCCUAUUUAUCUGCAAUAGGUACUCCUACUGUAAUAGGUACUUGAUCAAAACUUGAGCAAAAAGUGUUACUAGGGAAAGGAGUUGCACAUGUUCUGCCAGAAAUCAAGUGUAUUUAUAUUUUCUGAUUGGAGUUUAAUUUGGGAAAUGUUAUAAAUUUCUGUUGACAGGCAAAAUAGUGAAAAAAGAAACAUGCCAUUUAAAUGUGCUGCUUGUAGCCUGAUCAUUGCCUUCACCAAGAAGUGUUUGUAAGCCAGCUCCUCCCUGUGCCCCCUUCCUCCUCCCCUCCAACUGAAACAGUUGUGCUUUCUGAUUUUGAAUUGUGUUUUGCUUUUGCAGUGGUCACUCACAGAUCUCCACUCCCCCUGCCCCUUAUUCCCUUUUGUUUUACAGAUUCUCUUUUAUUUUGAUAUAUUUUUUACUGUCAUUUUCACCAUUGAAAUUGCUCUGAAGGUAAAGUCCCCAUCUUCUCUUCCAUUAUCUUCUCACUCAUGAGCCCACUAGUUCUCUGCUGCUAUUUGUCGCUAACACACACGCCUGUUUUUGUCUUGGCCACGCUCAGUAACCACUAACCCAACUGUGCUUAUUUUUCAGAUCCUAGGCAAUGCAGAUUAUGUCUUCACUAGUAUCUUUACAUUAGAAAUUAUUCUUAAGGUAACCAAUCUGAGCAAUACACUUCUCUCUCUCGCUUUUGCUUUGUCUUUUGUACCGCUUUAAAUCCCUAGUGUGAUCUCCACAGACAGGUCAUAUUUCCUAGCUCAGCAGUAACUGUAUGUGCUUUCAAAAAUGGUUCCAUUUUAAUAUUAAAGUCCCAUUGGUUCAUAUAAUUGUUUAGUCCCUUGCCAUGUAUAAUUAACCCCAAAAAGGUCUUAUGGCAUGGAACACAAUAUGUAUUCACCACUCUUGGCAGUAAUACCUGCUUAUCCCAGUGGAAAAAGAUGCAUUUUUCUGGCGAGUCUUCCUUGUGCAGAACUUACACAAAACAAUAUGUCUUACAAGAAAUAUACAGUGGUGCCUCACAAGACGAAAUUAAUUCGUUCCGCGAGUUUUUUCAUCUUGCAGUUUUUUUCGUCUUGCGAAGCACGGUGUCGGAAAAGUUUUGGGAAAGCUUCAAAAAUCACCAAAGUCUUCAAAAACCUCAAAAAAGGCUACCACACCGCGUGCUAUGAGUUGCUCCUCGAAGUCAAGUCACAACUGUAUUAACGGUUUUAAGAAAAAGGAAACAAACUUGCAAGACGUUUCCGUCUUGCGAAGCAAGCCCAUAGGGAAAAUCGUCUUGCGAAGCAACUAAAAAAACCAAAAACCCUUUCGUUUUGCGAGUUUUCCGUCUUGCGAGGCAUUCGUCUUGCGAGGUACCACUGUACUGUAUAGGCCAUAAAUAGUCCCUUCUCUCACUGCAGACUAUUUGGCAUCUGUACUAUUUUGUGCUCUUCUGUUUUAAGUGGGAAUGGGUAGCAGAAUAUCUACACAACACUAUAGGCCUACCAACGUAUCACAUUCCUAGGCAAAAUUUGUGCACCUCAAAUGAAUGGUGAUCCCCAAAUGUUUGCCUGGAACUGCAAAAAUGGGAGGGAGGAAUUACCAAGUUCCUGGCAAGCCAGUUAAUGGCUAGUGAGCUGCAUUCAGUUCUAGAUUGGUCAGACCCUUAAUGGAGGAACAGAGGAAAGCUGGUCACUAGAAAGCUGAUCAUUAAGAGUCAAAUUACACAUUACAUCCCCAAUUGCUUCUUUUCCUAGGGAAAACACCUUCAGGAAUGGGGAAUUUCCCACAGAAAAGCAGGAAGGGGGCAUUUAAUCCUUACCCUGCCUGCUACUUUUCUACUGCAAUGUACGAUAUAUAUAUCCUUGCAAAAACUCCUUUGGGUCCUUGCAUGAGGGUGAAGUGGUUUGGAGUGUUGCACUGGUUAACUACUCCUUCCCCACCCACCACCACAGUUUCUCUGCAGUAAUUCACCUAAGACUCCUCUCUGAUGUUAGAUGUGCUCCUGUCCUAUGUAUGGAACCUUUAAACUUAGAGAAAAUAGCAUUGAAUUGCUUCUGUUGCCACUCACUGUAUGUGACAAUUCCCUAAUCCACUCAGACAUUUUAGUACCUACUGGUUAAAUUGUGAAGUUGUAACUUAACUUUAGAGUCCGCUUCUCAAAAAGACCUGUUCCUUAAAUGCAUAAUUUACUUUUCAAGUCUAUUCUGCCUCAUUUCAGUUAAUAAUUGCACCUGUGUGAUUUCCCGCAGGGUGACACCUAACCCAAGAGGCUACUUGACAAUACACCAAAACAUUCAGAUACAAAGUAGACUGCAGAGAAAAUAAAUAUAAGCUCUCUUACACUUUGCAUUCAUUUAAUAUUUUAAAGAAUAACUAAGGGACACUUUGUCUUUCUUAAUGUAUAGGUUUACCCAUCAAAUUUGGACAUAGAUCUACAAACAGCAAAGAAGAAUAUCAUACUCCUCAUUCCUUCCACUAAUUUACAUAGGCACUGUUCAAACACUUAUUAGUCUGGGCAUAACUACACAUUAAUUGUUAAUAUUAAACGCAAAUCAUGACUGGGAAGGAAAAGGUUAAACCUUCCCACCCCAUGUGCUGAAAAUUCCCUUGCCACUUUGUAUUGAUUAAAAAACUUGAGAUGACACAGUACCCGAUACAAUUAAUGAACUGAAUUGUGUCGUUAGGCCUUCUCCUAUCACAUAUGUACAUUCACUGUGUCAGUACUGACUAUACAAACACAAUUAACUAUGGAAAGGUCAUAAGUGUAUAAAAUACAUUCUCCAAUUGCAAGUUGCCUGUUUAUCCCACAGGGAUUAGAUUAUCAACUUCCAUGCUUUACUCUAAAGAUACCAGUUAAUUGUAAAGAAAAAUUCCAAUGGCAAUACUACCUUAAACAAAAGCUGCAACCAAGUUAUGCAGCAAUUUGCUAUGCCAAUGAAUUUCUUGGCAGGGAUAGAUAAACACACCUUGUAUGGUACUGAAACUCAGCAGAGCUUCCCAUUCUGAUUUCAAUGGUGUCUCCUCCUUUCCUUUAAGAUUGCCAUGCAAAACCAAGCCCUAAGAAGCAUCUUUACUACCUUUGUUAUGGCAAGAACCCCCCUUCCCCCAACCAACUAUAUAUUUUUGUAUAAAUUCUACUCAAAGAGCAGAUUUUAUACUUCCUUUCUAAUUUCUGUCUGAUAGAUCAGUAGUCAGUUCUUCCUGAUGUGAUUUGGUUUUUGAUGACUUUAUAUUUAAUUUAUUUCCUACCCCAUCAGCACAACUUUGAUAAGAACUGGCUGGAAAUUGCUAGGCAAUACCCUGGGUUUGUUGCAGGAAUUCAGGAAUGCAGCAAAAGUGGUUGGUUCUUCACAUUCCAAUGAGUGUUCUUGUAUGACCAUUCUUAUUUCUGAUGUGUAUAUUCAAACAUAAGGGGGUCACACUGAAGUCUGUUUUGCAGGUAAUGUUUUCCUUAUUGCAAUCAGUCAUGGCUUUCUAUAUAUUUCUAGCUAUAUCUUUAUAUAUGAACAAUAAACUUACCCAACAAAUUAACUGUUGGGUCUUUUGGGUUUGCCAUGGUCCAAUAGAUAAAUGCAAAAUAAUCAGACAAAAAAGCCAGGGAUACAGCUACUUCCAAUUACCAAAUGGAUCUAAAAAUGAAGAGGGGACUCAGUGAAUAUAAUUGCUACAGUUAUAGAUUCUGUGCAUGUCUUUACCUGCUGAAGCAUACACAAGGAAGAGUAUGUAUUGGCAUUUGACUUUUUGCUCUCUAGAGGAAAAUGUUACUUGAAAAAGCUAUCAUUGGAGAGCUCAGUUCUGAUAUGAUCUAGAUAACACUUCUCAACCACUAUUUUAAGUGUUUCAAAACUGGGACAGGUUGCAAAUUUUGCUUCAGACCCACCUCAGUUUGUAAAUUCCAGUGUGGAGAUCCUUUUUUUUGCAGGCAGGUGGUAGCCUUUGUGAUACUAGUAUUAAGAGAAGUAAUCUAAUUUGUAUUGAACUAUAUUGACAAAACUAUAAUAGUAAGACAGGAGCAGGGAUUUAAUACUCAAUUCAGCCUGAAUGAGUAAUGCUUAAAAAAAAAUGACAGCCUUGCUAAAAACUGCUAGGUCUUAGAUCUAGUAGGCCUCUCUUGGGAAAGAGUUUCACAGUGAUGGGGCCACUAUGAAAAAAACCCCUUCAUCUUGCUAUCAUUAGUCUAACUUCCACCAAAGAAAGUACAUAGAGGAAGAUAAAAGUAAAUGAUAAUAUGUGGAGCUGCUUACAUGGGAGAAUGUAAUUUCCAGUCUAUGUAAUUUCCAAUAUGCAAUGUAACAACCAAGGGCUGGACACUAUUUGCAACCUUUCCUUACCUAUGUCCCCCCCCCAAAAAAAACCCCCUAUCUCUUCUUUUCACCUCUUUUUUAAUGAAACUUUGCACUUAAAACCUUGCACUGUUCUGCAGUGUUACAUUACUCCUUCCUCUGCCUGCUCUAAGCAAGAACUUGUGGCAAGCGCUAACAGCAAAGUUUGUUUGUGUCUCCAUGUGAUUGCCUGCAGAUGACUGCUUAUGGAGCUUUCCUUCACAAAGGCUCCUUCUGCAGGAACUACUUCAACAUCCUGGACCUGCUGGUGGUUAGCGUUUCUCUCAUCUCCUUUGGGAUCCAGUGAGUGAGCUAUUUUCAGCUGGGAAAAUCUAGUGUUUAUAAAGAGUGGGGAAGAGGAUAUGGAACAAAGGGGAAAGUCAAUAAAAAAAGGAAACAGACACACCUCACUAGGGAGGAUGUUCUACAACUGCAUCACUGAAAAGGGCCUGUCUCGGGGCAACACCAACCAGGCAGCCCCCAGGCAGUACUCUUUUAGGUACUUGAGUCCCAAGCUGUCUAGUUCCUUGAAUAUGACCCAGUAGCUCAGUAGCAGAGCUUUUAGGACAGGUGACACAUGGUCCCAUCAUGUUGCCCCAAUUACCAACCUAGCACCAAAUGCUGCACUAGCUGCAGCCUCUAAUCUUCAAGGGCAACCCUAAGUAGAGUGCAUCACAGUAGUCCAGGCAGGAGGUCACCAGAGCAUGGAUAACCGAGGUCAAGCUAUCAUCAUCCAGGAACAGACUUAGUUGGCAAAUCUGCCUAAGCUGGGCAAAAGCAUACCUAGCCACAGAAGCUGUUUGAGACUCCAUUGGCAAUCUGGAAUACAGGAGUAUUCCCAGAGUGCAAACCUGUUUCUUAAAGGGAAGUUCAACCCUUCCCAGAACAGUUUUACAUCAGACAUGAGAACCACUUACACAAAGCACUUCUGCCUUACCAGGAUUCAGCCUCAUUUUUUUUGCCACUAUCCAGUCCAUCACUGCUUCCAGACACCUGCCCGACACCUUCAUAGCCUCUCCUGAUUCUGAUGAAAUGGGCAGAUAAGAGUUCCUUGUCAUCAGUUUACUUAUGGCACCAUGCUCCAAAUCACUGUAUGACACCUAGAUGUUGAAUUGCUCUGUGUGUGUGUGUGUGUGUGUGUGUGUGUGUGUGUGUGUGUUUGUGUGUGUGUGUGUGUGUAGCAGUGUAGCCAGCACCAGGCAUCAAAAGAAAGCAGGUGCACAGCAAUUUUAUCUCUUCCUAUUUUUUUAAGCAUAGGUUAUUUGUACUGUGACACCAGGACUCCACAAUACUUUCAUAUUUUUGCAGUUUUAAGUUUCAGGCUGUGAUUGCUGUGCUAAACCUUUGCUCAGUUCCACAAAAACAGCAUAAGCAGAAAGUAUGUGGGAAUGGCUACCUCACAAAUAAGUGACAUCAGUGUAGCACAUUGCCAUAGUGCCAUAGUGUAUUGAAGGUGAUAGUGGGGCAGGGGAGGAACAUUCCUUAUAUGAACAGUUUUGGGAUAGCUGCUGGAAGCUUCAGACAACACACAGAUUGCUUCUUUUGCCAUGUGGUCAUGGCAAAAUAUUUUGAGAGUGCAAAUAAUUAUAUAUGCACAAUAAAAAGGAUGUCUGGCAAAGGUCCCAAAUCAGCUAAAUAACACACUUAUAAAAACAUAAUACUGAGGUCUUGCAUAUGUGUUGGAAGCCACCCAGAGUGGCUUGGGAAACCCAGACAGAUGAGCAAUGUCUUCUUCUUCUUCUUCUUCUUCUUCUUCUUCUUCUUCUUCUUCAUUAAUUUAUUUUAAAAUGGAAAUAGAUAUUACCCCCUUCUCCAUUUUUUUCAUUGUGCAAAAUGGCAACCGAGGCUUACAUUUCCUUUUUGCGUUUUUGUGAUUUUUUAAAAAAGCUGUACACCCUCAUGCAUGUACACCUGCAUGCAUGCUGAGAACAGAAGAAGCCACUGGAGAGCAUGGGAGGAGUGACUGAGGGGAGUGGGGGAACCCACAAUCCAGAUACAUUCUGUCAAGCUCCUUCCACUGGUGUGGACAGCAAGUGGCAAAAUACCAAAGCAUAUCUAUGACUGAAAAAAAUGGGAAUGUGUGGAAGCUAAUAUACCAAAUGUGCACACAGAAAAACCAGACCUUCACGACCCAUUUGCAAUAUAAAAACCCCAUCUGAAAGCACACUUAGCUGCAAUAAGACUUGCAAACUAGGAGUUUGGACCAAAAGCUUCAUGGAAAAUGUGGAUGUUGAGGAGGGUUUCACUCAGACCUUAUCAGUUUGUGUUUCAAACCUGAAGGAAAUGACAGAAAUAGGAUUCACGCAGAUACUCUGGGAGGCAGUUCAAGCAUACAGGACACCAGGUGAUAAAGGGGAAAGUCUUUUGAGGGAACAAGAGACUUGCAGACAUCUGAAGGUAAUGGAAGUGGAGGAGCAAAGGUCAUGGGCAGAAACAUAUCAGGAAAACAAAUCAGAAUGAGAAGAGGGAACAAGACUAUAAAGGGCUUUUAAGGUAAGGACCAGUAGCUUGUGCUGGAUCUGGUAGCAGACAGGAAAACUGUAAAGAUUUAAGAAGGGCUGUCUAGUGAUUAGAGUAGUGAGAGAGAUGAAUGUUUUUUCAGCAUAAUGCUGGAUAGAUAUUAGGGGACCAAGAUGAGAUGAUGAGAAACACCAGAAAGGAGAAGAUUGGAAUAUUCUUGGUAAGAGAUUGCUAUGUAACUGUGCCCCUGAAGGACCAGGUAUGCAGCCUGGGAGUCAUUUUGGACUCACAGCUGUCCAUGGAGGCACAGGUCAAUUUUGUAUCCAGGGCAGCUGUCUACCAGCUCCACCUGGUACGCAGGCUGAGACCCUACCUGCCCGCAGACUGUCUUGCCAGAGUGGUGCAUGCUCUAGUUAUCUCCUGCUUGGACUACUGCAAUGCACUCUACAUGGGGCUACCUUUGAAGGUGACCCGGAAACUACAACUAAUCCAGAAUGCGGCAGCUAGACUGGUGACUGGGGGCGGCAGCCGAGACCACAUAACACCGGUCUUGAAAGACCUACAUUGGCUCCCAGUACGUUUCCGAGCACAAUUCAAAGUGUUGGUGUUGACCUUUAAAGCCCUAAACAGCCUCGGCCCAGUAUACCUGAAGGAGCAUCUCCACCCCCAUCGUUCUGCCCAGAUGCUGAGAUCCAGCGCCGAGGGCCUUCUGGAGGUUCCCUCAUUGCGAGAAGCAAAGCUACAGGGAACCAGGCAGAGGGCCUUCUCGGUAGUGGCGCCCACCCUGUGGAACGCCCUCCCAUCAGAUGUCAAAGAGAUAAACAACUACCUGACAUUCAGAAGACAUCAGGGAAGUUUUUAAUGUGUGACAUCUUAGUGUAUUUUUGGUCUUUCUUGGAAGCCACCCAGAGUGGCUGGGGAAACCCAGCCAAAUGGGCAGGGUACAAAUAAAUUAUUAUUAUUAUUAUUAUUAUUAUUAUUAGUCAUUAUUAGGAUGAGGGAGGUAACAAGGACACAAGCAGUUUGUGAAAUGAAUAAUCCUAAUUAAGAGAAAGGGGAUUAAAGAACAGAAAGAAAAUUGCCUCUUCAACAUACUGACCUAGCUCUAUCAGCCUACUGAAGUCAGCAGGGACUAAGCUGUGUCUAUACUGGAUUUGUAGUACUUUGUUCUAGGUGGAAGCAAGCUGUAGGUUGAGUGAAGUGCCUUUAAAAGCACAAGUCACUGGAGAGUUACCUGACAUGCUGCUUUCUCUGAAUUGGCAUUUUGGUGAAGUGCUUCAUAGCACCCUUAUCUUACACGGCCUGUGAUGACUGCAGCUUGGCACCAUUUUUGUAAUAUGUCUGCAUUACAUUUGGCAGCCUGUUCUGUCCAAAGGAGUCCCUAUUUCCCCUUUUUUGCCAACACAAUAUUCUGUAUUCAGUUCAACAACAGAGUAGCCAACAGUUACUUCCCCUACCCCCCAGUGACUUACUCAUAAAUUCAAUAUCUAAACUAGUAGACUACUAAAUUGCAGAAAAAGAAAAAGAAAGUGCACAAUGCCGUUAAAAAUUAAGGCUUGAGACAAUAUAAAUAUCAAAAGAAUAAGUUAAUGCUACUGUGAAAUAUUCCCACCUUCAUUAGCCACCAUGGUACAUCUGCCUUGCAAUAUACAGCAAUCAAAUGAACAAAAUCUCUGUUGCCAGGGCCCAUAAACUAUUAAAUAAUAAGAUGUCACAUUCAAGGUUUAUGAAUGAUUAAAAAACAUAAGUAUACCAAAGCAUGUAAUUCUUCUAUCACAAAUUGAAUUGCUUGUAUUUUCGAUUAUUUAAAUAGGUAUACCAUGUUGCCACAUUUUUUUUUGUGUCUCUAUAGUACAGUAUCUAGCUAGUCAAUGAAUAUGCUAUGGGGAAAGUUUUGUGUCUUUUGUUAAUGCUAGUCAUAUACCUAGAAGAAAGGUAGUAUGAUGUAGCAGAUAGUGGGGUAGUAUUGAUCAGUGAGAUCUGGGUUCGCGUUCUACGCAGACAUAAAUUACAAGUUGUAAUGCACAUUGAACUUCAACUAAAGGCCACUGUUAGUCCAUAGAUUAUUCCCACAAGAAUUGUAAAGCUUGAUCUCCUACUGCUGUUCUUUUCCAGGUCUAGUGCCAUCAACGUAGUGAAGAUACUACGAGUCUUGCGAGUGCUCAGACCACUGAGGGCUAUCAACAGAGCCAAAGGAUUAAAGGUUAGAAGACAUAUAAAGAUUAGAUGUUAACUUGCUUUAUGUGGCUUUACAUCACUACUCUAGAGCAAGCAGAUAAAUAAAUUGGUUUUCCAUUCUCCUGAUUUUAGUGGGAUAUAAUGCAUAUCUUUGCUGUGCAUAGACAAUGACCAAGGGUUCGUUGUGGGUGAAAGCUAUUUUGCCCUCAAGGCAACAUUGUAUUUUUCAUUUCUUCAUAAGCAUUAAUGACAGCCUGCCAUUUUUAUUGCAGAAAGCAGAGGACACAUUUAAGGGCAUCACUAGAGUGGGUUUAACACUAGCUGCUGGGGUAAAAGUUUGGUUUUGCUCCAUCUUAACAUCUUUCCAAGAUUUCAAUCUUGGAUACUUACUUUGUCUCAAAGAAUUCAAAGAGCUCUUCUACUCUGGUUCCAAUUCUUUAUGAUCCUGGAAUAUGGCAGAACCUUGGAAACUGGCUUUUGAGUAGCAGCAUGUCCAGCAGUGUGACAGAAGAGGGGAGAAUCUGUGUAUUGCAAGGAUUUGUGUAUUCCUGUGCACUGCUCAGGAUCCCAGCCAGUGUGGACUUGGCCAUCCUGUGAUGCGGCAAAAACUGUUCCUCCCUCCUUCACACACACACACACACACACACACACACACACAGAGAGAGAGAGAGAGACAGACACUCUCUCUCUCUCUCUCUCUCUCUCUCUCUCUCUUUGGGGUCUUAUGCAGCUCAUGGGUUCAAUUUGCCACAACUACCACUGCUUUGGAGACAUAAUGUCAUCCAGUUGUAGGAAAGACAGACAAUUCUACCUAUUGUGGCAUAGCGAGGAUAAUGACACUUGCUUUUUGUUUACAAGUGCACAGUCUACAGACCAUGGAUUUCCUUUUCUAUUUCAUAGAGAUACCAUGUGGACUUACAGGAAGAUGGCAGUACAAGAUUACAUUCAUUCAUUCAUUUAUUUACAUCAAACCCUAAAACCAUUUAAAAAGCAACCAUUUAACUCACUCGUUUCUGUCUUUCUUUGCAGCAUGUGGUUCAGUGCGUGUUUGUAGCCAUACGUACCAUAGGGAACAUUGUGAUUGUCACCACGCUGUUGCAGUUCAUGUUUGCCUGCAUUGGAGUCCAGUUGUUCAAGGUAUAUGCCCUGGAACCUAUUUCUCACUUUUUCCUCAUUAGUUAUUGGAAAACAAUUUGCAGAUGUCAGGGGGUGGUGGUGGUAAAGCAUAGCCUGAUACUCUGCAUAUAUUCAGUAUUGCCUCACAGUAAUAUUAAAGUGACUUACCUGGUUACCUUAAACUUGGUAGAGUGGAGUGUCUGGAUGUUCAUCUUUGGAUCAAGAUUUAGAAUUAGGGCCAAGCCCAAAUUGUUCCCUUUCCUGUUAUCUUAGACCAGGGAUUGUCAAUCCGGGGUUCAUGGGUGCCAGACUAGUGGCCCCUUUGUAUUUUAAUUUUUUUUAAUGGUGGGCACUUCCAUCACCUGUGGAGGGAUUUUUCUGAAUGCCAGGAGGGAGUGCCCAAGUAUGCGCUCUCUGUGUGUGUGAUUAAAAGAGAUGCACUUGGGCAGAGAAUAAGGCAGAGGUGGGUGUGGCCUGUGUGUGUGGGACAGGGAGAGAGAUGUAGGCUUAUGUGGUCUGCGAGAGAUGUAUACAGUGUGUGGGUGUGGGUGAGGGAGAGAGGUGUGUGUGGUGUGUGAUCCGUUAGAGAGGAAGGGAAAGAUACACUUGGGCAGAAAGGGAGAGGUGGAUGUGUAUAUGUGAAGCGUCUGGGAGAGAUGCAUGUGUCUGUGACCUGUGUGUAGUCAGAAUACGCAAGAGAGACAUUAUGUGUUGUUUACUUUUCCUGGUACUGAGGAAUGCUUCCUAUUGUUACUGGAGAACAACAGCAUUAGUCUGUGUGUGGAGCGGGGUGGAAUUAACAUGAGAUCUCCAUUGACACGACCAGAAGGACAUAGGUGACUUCCCAUGGCAAGCAUGAGGUUGUCUGACUGUGUGUGUGUGUGUGUGUGUGUGUGUGUGUGUGUGUAGAAGCAGUUGCUGUACACUCUCUAAUUUUUAGUUAUGCCAUGCCCCCCACAGUAGCCAUUUUGUGACUGGCACUCACAGGACUUUCUCAGAAUUCAAAAUGUGCCCACUGUUCCAAAAAGGUUGGUGAACCCUAGCUUUGAUUCCUUCCCUUUUGCAGCCAUUUUCCAGGAAACAUUUUUAUCAUGUUUCAAAUGCCCCUAUUGUUUUCAGAAACAUCUAUGUACAUUAUUUGAACAUAUUGGGGGCGGGGUUGGGGAAUAGAGAUGUGCAUGUUUUCUCCACCAUCACUGUGCCCCCUGCAACAGUUCCACUUCAUAGGAUAUUCCUUCAGACAAAUAGAGGCAGGGGGGAGAGCAUUUAAUAUGGUAUCCUCAACAAAGGAUGUGUAAAAGUUAUGAAUUCAGGGAAGGGUCUCUGAAACAGGAGGUGCACCACAUAAUUUAGAAUGAUUUGCCUUUGGAAUAAAAGAUAUUGAGUCUUAUGCCAUCUUCAAGUUUGGGAAUAAAACAAACCUAAAGAAUAUAUUCCUUGACCAAUUAGUAAAUGCAAAAAAUUAAGUCAAUGUAAACACAAUGUAUUUCUAUAGGAUAUGUUGAUCCGUGAUGGGAGCAUGAGCUCAACCAUUUUAAAAAGUUGAUUUCUUAAAGAUGCAAAGGAAAGGUCAAGUUUGUUUUCAGUAUAGGCACAUUUUUGUUUUAAAGAACAAUAUAAAAAAACCUUCUCAAACUUGCAGUAACUACUGCUGAACAAGUGUAUUAGCAAGGCAGCUACAGCAAAGGCUUACCUCUCCAUAAUGGUAUGGGAGAAGGCAUCUCCUCCUCCUAGAGGGGAGGAGUUGUGAGCGGGAGCAGCUUCCCGCAGCGGCAGGGAGGCGUAUUCGGCUCCCUACCUCUGAUUGCCUCUGCUGCCGUGGCCAAACCUUUCAGCCGACCAAUAGGGCCAGCUGGUGAGCGGGGUUUAGCUGCAUUUAAGCAGCCAUGGCAGCGCUCUGACCCCAGUCGGUUCCUGCUUGCAUCGGAUCUCCCUCCCUCCCUCCCUUUUAGGUCAGCUUUCUCUUCGUAUUGACCUUGCUAUGGACUUCAGUUGGUUGACUUUUUUUAUCCAUUUGGCAAAUUGGUACCAGCCUCUUGGUUUUGUCGCCUACCUUGUAGCAACUCGUCACAACUUUUUUGGUAUUGGCGGUUAGGCAUUGGAAUAUGUGUACUGUGUUGGAGGAUUGGGUAUGGCCAUCAUCUACCCCUCCUCUUUUGGGUAUUGCGUUAAAGAAAUCCGGCGGUCAUGGAUCCUGUCCGAUGCCCUGCUGGUGGUGACAUGACCCCCGGUGAUGUCAUGGGGAAGCUUCCAGUUGUAUUUGCAUCAACAAGCUCCUCCCAUUGGUUGUUAAUCCCUGAAAUGGCUCCCCGAUGAGCGGGGUGGAGUCAUUUAUUGCUGUUUUAUCCAAAGCCAAUACCACUCACAUGCUGUAACUAAUAAAGUUGUGGCCUAAUUUAGCCCAUUAACCUAAAAUAAUGUGUCUUUGUGACUUAUUAUAAUCCUAUGUGGGUGACGGGUCCUCGACUCACAAUGUGAUGCUAAUGACCAAGACCUAAGAUGAAGGUCUACCAGGCUUACAUGUUGAGCCUGCUGCUUUAUGGAAUUGCACAACAUGACAGGUCAAAAUCUCAAACAAAAAAGUGCUCUAUCAAAUCCACAUUCCAGCAUAUUCACACUUAACGUCUCAGUGACAGCUACACUGGUUUGGUCAUGUACACAGAAUGGAAGAUUGCAGCAUCCCCAAGCACAUGCUCUAUGGGGAGCUGGCUUCCGGUACUAGGCCUGUUGGCAGACUAACUCUGUGUUACGAAGGUGUCUGCAAACGUAACAGGAAUCCUGGCAACAAUAACCUUGCCAUAUGGGAAACACUUGUAGAUGAUCACAGUGCCUGGAGACAGACAGUCAGGUUGUGUAUCCACAGCAGUGACCAGAUGAGGAAUGGCCACUGGGAGGAGUGCAGUGGCCCUGUAGCAGAAAAACUGGAUACCUCCUUCUGUCCCACCUGUAAUAAAACCUGUCUCUCCCAUAUUGGUCUCUAUAGCCACAGCAGGCACUUGUAAUUCUCAAACAGUUUGACUUUACCCCUAAAGGCACACCCUUUCAUUGUCUUCUGAGACAGACUGGUGCCAACUUAACUAGACUCUACUCUAACCCAUCUGUGUUGUGAUGUCCCACAUACAGGCUCUGUGACUUAGUUCAAAAAUCAAAUGCAAGGAAAUCAAUAUAAGGAAAGAGAUAUGGCCUUGGUCCAAACAAUGUGGUGGGCAGGGCAAUAGCUACAUAUAUUUAACAUUUAAAAUGCUAAUAGAUAAAGAAAACACAAAGCAAUUAUUUUUUCAUGUGACACUAAAAAUCAGUGAUCAGUAAUUAAUGGUGAUUUUUCUGUUUUUAUCCUCGUCCAGGGCAAACUAUAUAGUUGCACUGAUAGCUCCAAGCAAACAGAAGCAGAGUGCAGGUGAGCGCAUCAUCUCUGAUCAGCAUUCCAUACUAACUGGACCCAACGCAAAAAACUCAUUGCUGUAUAUUUGUUUCUCCCUUUUCCUUCCUUCUCCUAACAGGGGCAAUUUUAUCACCUACAAGGAUGGAGAAGUGUCUCAACCAAUUAUCCAGGCUCGAAGUUGGGAGAACAGCAAAUUUGAUUUUGACAAUGUCCUCACUGCCAUGAUGGCCCUCUUCACUGUUUCAACAUUUGAAGGCUGGCCAGAGUGAGUACAUAAGGCUAAUUCAUAAAACCAUUUUUAUUUGGUGGACUCAAAAGGAGCCUUGAGAAUGCAUCAGCAUGAACAAAUUAUAUCGUCUUAGUUCAACCCCCUUUUUCAAAAGUUCUACAAGAGAUUAUGACUUUCAUUUUUGACACUUAAUGAAGCAUUCACAAGACAGGUUCAAUAUGCCAAAACCUGGAAACUUUCUAAUGCCAUGUUCAGAUAUUGCCUUCUUAUGCAUGCUUCUAGCAGCUCAGGAAGUAUCCUGGAUGACAGCAGGGAUCAUUCUUUUAUCUUGGGAUGCUUCCGUACUUGUUGUCUGAAACUGGUGACACAGACUGUACAGUUCAAGGUACUCCUAUACUCGUUGCUGUCAGCCUUGUGAUUUGCAGAGUCUAGUGUGGACAGAAGCACUCCUCAGAUCAGUGUACCCAAUCCCUGCAGCUAGGGGCUCCUGGAAGUGCCCUUAGUGUCUGUCUUGGGUUCUCUCCUUUUUUUAGACUGCUGUACCGAUCCAUUGAUUCCCAUAUGGAAGAUGUGGGGCCCAUUUAUAACCACAGGGUGGAGAUCUCUAUUUUCUUCAUUAUCUACAUCAUCAUCAUCGCUUUCUUCAUGAUGAACAUCUUCGUUGGUUUCGUCAUCGUCACUUUUCAGGAGCAAGGAGAGCAGGAGUACAAGAACUGUGAGCUGGACAAGAACCAGGUAAUAUAAGUGCUCCAUGGUGUGGCCAAAGAAAUAAAAUACAUUCCUUUAGUAGGUAAAAUUCUUCUAAUAGGUAAAGUAAUGUUUUUGAUAGAAGCUAAUGUACAAGCCUAAUUCUGAUGCCACAUAUCUUUAAACAAGUUGAUGGUUCUGUUCACUGAGGAGAGAAAGUUCCUUGUGGGAAAUUUUGGUUGGAAGGUGAAGAGAUAUAUUUGAUUUUAUACCCUGCCCUUCCUCCCAAAGGAGCCCAGGGCAGUUAACACAUGUUUUGGAAAUUUUCCUGAAAGUCAGUAAUGACAGAACAGACUCAUCUCACUAGGGAGGGCAUUCCACAAAUGGGAAAUGGCCAGUAAAAAGGUCCUGCUAUGGGUCAAUAUCUAUGAUGAAUCAACACCAACCAGGCAGCCCUCACCUUCAGUGGCAGCAUUUUCAACAAGGCCUCAGUUCUUAGGGCUGCCCUACAUCCAGAAUUUUCUGGACAUAGCCAGGAUUUGACCCUUGGAAACAGCACUCAGACGGAAAUUGCUUAAAUGUCUGGGAAAAUCCAGACAUAUGGCAACUCAUGUCAGAAGUAUAGAUAUCCUUUAAAAUAGCUCAAAACUCUCUCAACAACUUUUGUGUCUGGAUUUUCACUUUUUGAAACAUGGAAACCCUAUCAGUUGCCAUUUAUAGGGUCUGAUAUGGUACUUGGGUCCUAAGUCAUUUAGGGCUUUAUAUGCUAAUACCUUGAGUUGGGCAUAGUAGCUAAGUGGCAGCCAGUGUAGCUUUGAGGACUGGUGACACGUGGUACCAGCCUACCAGCUGCAUUCUACACCACCUGCAUUCUGCAACUUAGAGAUCCAAGAGAUUCCAUGUUGUACUUCAGCCUUCUUUCAUUGGCUGUCUUCUUGGGAGAAAAUAGCAUUUUUGUAGCUCACUAGUGUGUUUAUGAAAAUAUAUUCUUAUAACAAACUCAGCUGAUGAGUGCCAACAGGAUUUGAGUCAAAACAGAGCCAGUGAGAAACAAGAGCAUGUUGGAGAAACCCUGAGGAUUUCAGGUGUAUAAUAAAGCUAAUAAAGAGUGGAAUGGAGUAUCCUGGAGUAUCCUGGAGAAAGGGCAUGGCUGACUGGCUGGAAUGCUGUAUAGAAAUAUUCCUGUUAGAAUGUGAAUAUACAAUGCAUCAUCUUGUUGCAGGUCCCAAAUGCAAACAUAUUUGAGCCACCACCAACUUAUUGUAGACACACACUGGGUUGUAGUCAACUACCUGUUAGUUAGAGGAGACCCACUGAAAUUAAUUGUCAUCUUCCUGGUUUGUCACCGACUACGACGGAGCGCAGAUCUAGCCCUCCGGGGAAGAUAUGAGCUUUGUGGGGGGAUAGAGAUCACACAAAGGCGCUGUGGACCUCAAAACCCCCGAAAGGAUUUGUUUUGGGUGCAUGGGAUCCGGCUGCGCUCUGCGCUCCUGUCUCCUGGAUCGCUCUGUAAAGAGUGAAGAAGAAAGACAGGAUUGAGGUGCAAGUGCUGGGAUCCAUCACUAUCUCCACAAAGUGAAGCCUCUGGCUCCGAGUGGAUUUAGCGGCAGGCUUUUCAGAACAUAAAAAGCCGAAAUUUAAACAGAAGAUUUAAAUUUUGAACGAUGUGGAUUGAUUUGGAAAAUAUUCGGUGUGAGACAGGAUGAAAAAAGGAAGUCCUCCCCAGCUGUGGUGAGACAUAAUUUGCUUGGAGCUUUUCUAUAAAUCUUAAAGUUACUUUUAAACUUUCCCUGCUAAGUGGACCUUUUUGUAUGUUAAUUCCACCCGUCCCGAUAUAAUGGGGGGAUGGAGUUUGCUUUAUUUUAAGUUUUCUCUUUUUAUUUUUUGUAUUGAAGUGGACUGCUAUUUUGAUAAAACUUUGAUAAAUACUGUUUUAGUGCACAAUUGAUAUACUUUCUUACUGACAAGACCAAGAGUUAAAAACUGGCGAACUGUCCCUUAUUGCUUCUCCCCUGCCCCAUCCUUGGGGAGGCUACAGCGAGAUUGGAGAGGGGGUGCCACACAGAGUAUUUUCCAAUUUGCAUUUUAAAGCCUUUUGAUCAAUCAGAUCUAUCGGCAGACUGCGAUUUUAUUUGAGCUAUCUUGGAAAUAUUUUGUUUUUCUUUCUUUUUUUACCACCUCCUCCCCUUUUGUCCCAUUUUGAGUUAAAUACAACCCACUGGUUUUUCAUAUUUGUUUUUCAAAAUUUAUAUGAUGUAACCUAUGGAUAGUGGCAGCUGGUGUUUAAAAGUGUGGAUAGAGCACCCCCAAAUUCCUCCUACUCCUAAAGAGGUAUCUCCUGGAUUCUUACAUAUGAUGCACACAAGUUCUUGUCACAGCUUGAUUUUUUAGUGUGAGAAACUGAUUACCACCAGUGAUAAUUUCCAGAAGAAUAGCAUUAGUCAGCUGUAGCAAAAAUAACAGUACAUCUUAUGACUCCUUAAAGAUUGACAAUUUAUCUAGGGUUGCCAUAUUUUGAAGAGCAAAAAAGAGGACGCUAUGACAGCCAUUCAAAGCAAAUACAUGCAAUCUGUCUCAAAUUUUACCCCUGAAAGAAGGGACGUGUCCUGGAAAAAGAGGACACAUGGCAAACCCCCCCCCAAAAAAUUAUAGCAUAACUUCUUGUGGAAUGCUGAGUAGCAGUCUCAUUGGUUACAUCUGGCACAAUGAACCGUACAAAAGCUUAGUCACGGUAAGUCGUGUUAUUAUCUACGACACCACAAGGCUCUGUUAUUAUUAAGUUGUGCUAUAUUUACAAAAACACCAACUUGCAAUGGUCUUUUGCUAUCACCUACCCUGAGAGGACAGGAGCCUCUGUUUUGAAAAUUUAUGAUCUAAAAGAUUGAGUUGAAUUGUCCAGAAACUUUUUUGUCACACAAGUAUCAUCUAACCCACUGUUGUUUCUUAACAGCGCCAGUGUGUCGAAUAUGCCCUGAAGGCCCGCCCCCUUCGGAGAUAUAUCCCAAAAAACCAGUACCAGUACAAAGUGUGGUAUGUGGUGAAUUCCACCUAUUUUGAAUAUUUGAUGUUCAUCCUCAUCCUGCUGAACACCAUCUGCUUGGCCAUGCAGGUAGGUCUGAAGUCAAAAGGAAUUGCAUUGUGGUUGGAAUAUUCAUCGUGCAGGAAAACAUUCUCCCUGACUUGAAUAGCUUGCUGGAAAUGGCGAAUAUUUAGAAUCUCCUGUAAAAGCUGUUUUAACCUGUUGCUUGCUAUGGAUUAGAGCUGUGAUUAGAAAUGACACUUAUUGGCUAUGACAUUAGCAGUUGUCACAUAUUCUGAUAACUGAGGUAUGUGUUUUUUAAAACAUAACUAUAGUGUUGUCUACUAGAUAUAUAAUUGUGGACAACAAGGUGGUAUAGGUAUUUGAGGGUGGAGAGUUGAGUAUAGUGCUGGAGAACAAUAAUCAAGAACGAAUUUCCCCAUGAGUGAUGUAGUAUAUAGGCUGGAAAAACCUCAGGUCAAAUUUUACCCAGUUUAAACUCAGGAAGUAACUUUCAGCAAACUAUUAUUCUUUCAACCACAGCCCUCUCACUAUAAUAUGAGGAUAAUAAUACUACUACCCUACUGCAUGGAGUCAGUGGGUUGUUCUAAAGUUAACUGAGAUGAAAAGUGUUUUAUACAUUUGAAAUGAGUUGUAUUGUAAUUAUUGGUAUGGUUUUAAUAGAUUUUAAAUGUAUAGACAUAUAGUUCAAAUUCUAUCAAUGUUUAAUUAUUUAUUAAUUAUAUUUUUCUGUGUUUUUAGCUGUUCUUAAUUUUCUCUUUAAGCCACCUAGAGUCCCUGUCAGGAGAAAAGGCUGAGGAUAAAUUAUUAUUAUUAUUAUUAUUAUUAUUAUUAAUACUCUGCCCAUGGUUGCUGGAAGUACCACUCAGACAGUGCAUUGGCUUUCUUACCAUGAAGGCAAGAAAGAAGGAAAAAAACCUUCAGGCUUCUAAAGAGGUCAUCCUAUUGCAGUAGAUAGAAAGCCAUACUCUGUGCUGUGAAUUAAUUAAAAGAUAAAGGAAUCACAAACUAUUGGCAAUGAGAACCUCUUUAGAAAACAGAUAGAAAGGCAAAGGUGAAUAUAUGUACUAUCCAAACAAUAUGCUUUUCAAAAAUGAAAAAUGAGGUGACUUGUUUUUCAGCACUAUGGUCAGAGUUGCAUCUUCAAAGAAGCAAUGAACAUCCUCAACAUGCUCUUCACUGGUCUCUUCACCGUCGAGAUGGUUCUGAAAUUAAUUGCCUUCAAACCCAAGGUAGCUAUUGCCUCUCAGGUUUUCUCUCUGUUCAUUGUCCUAUGGGGUCAAAGGGAGGACAGGAGGAUUUGGAAUGAGGUAAUAAACCUGGAAUUAUCUCCCACUUUUCCAUCAUCUGUUCAGGAGAUGGACUUGUGCAGUUGUUGUCUGGACUGGAGUCUCAAUCUGUGCUUGGAGGAGCCUUUCAUUCUUGUAUUAAGCAUAGGGAUAGAAUAGCCAUGCCUCUUAGGAAUACAAAAUUCCAGCGAUUAUUCAUAGUAUUUACACUAGAGCUGGGCAGUAAUUCAGUAUUUUCACAUCUACAUAUCAUACAGUACGGUCUUUGAGGCAGAGAGCCCCCACAAGGUGACAUUUCCCAUAUAAUUUUUUAAAUGGUUUUUUGAGAAUGCCUGCAACAUGGUAAAAUAACUACAUCUGGAAAACAUUUUUUUUUUCAAGACGUUUGUUUCUUUACACGGGGUCCUGCUGAGUGUGGGUCUCUUUAAAGACCAGUCUUCCACAUGAAUGUUGAAGGAAACUACUGCCUCAUUCUCAUUUAUCCAGCUCCAAAAUGAAUGUGUGACUUAGCCCCUAGACUCUGAAGUUUGUUGCAUAGCUGGUACUGGUCAGAGGAGGUUAUACGUCGGGCCCAUAAUCAGAAUAUAUUUUGUCUCUAUGCAUUUGAAAGGUUUCUACUUGUAAGUAUUUCAUCCCUGAUUUUGGGAAGCCUUUUGGUACUACACCAGUAGAAAUGUGUUUUGUCUAUGAAUUGAUAAACAGGAAGCACUUCAUUUGCAUUUGAAUAGUAGAUUUUAAAUUACAGUCAGUAACAGGUUUUUAUAGAUUGUUAUGGAGCUGGAUUUUACUUUUCAUAUACAAUUAUGGUUCAUCAUGCUCUGUAAGACUGACAUCCAAGUUUGUGUGAGAGUGAAUAUCCUACUAUUUCAUAGGAUACUGCAGAUAAGAAGAAACUGUGGGUGUGAGGUCCUGGGACUAUUGAGAGGAGUGUGCCUGUUAUUAAAUAUAUUUUUAAAUACAUAACUGAACCUGAUACUGUAUUCUCUAUCCAUGCUCUAACUCAGCACCCUUAACCAACUAAUAUUCCCAGGAGCUGGGACACCAUUUUCUGGUUUGCCUCAGGCAACAAAGUGUCUUGGGCCAGUUUUCAAGGAGUCCACUACCUGAUCCAUUGGAUUCCUAUGGAAAAGGUCUUUCACUACCUGAAGUAACUCCACAGGCCAGCAUUGUGUGGAUACAAUAGUAGCAUAGGAGUAAAAUUUAUUUGCUACCAUCACUACAACAGAAUAAGCCCUAUCACAGACCCAGUUGUACAAUUUCUCUCAACUCUGCAGAGUACCAAGAAGCUUAAAGGACUCUUCAGUUUGACUGAGAUUCUUGGGAGUGAUCAUAUCUAUAGCCUGGGUUAUCUCCCUGUUACAGGCAAGGAACAGGACCUCAACAGGGAUACUGGAUAAGGCUCCAGAAAAAUCCCCUAGGGCUGCAUAAAACCUUUUGUAUUCAUCAGCUUGCAGGAGGCAGACUGAUGAAAUUGGUCCUCCAUUCUUAUGGAGGUUACAGAGGCAAAGAACCUGAUGACUGAGAAGCUGAGUGAGAAGAUGCAAAAGAAGGGGAAUAGAGUAGACAAUGGCCAGAGGGAGCGGGUUGUAGGAUGAGACAGAAGAGUGAGAGAAGGAUGGUGAGAUACAAAUCACGGAUUAUUUAACUGUGAUUCCUGCAUUGCAGGGGGUUGGACUAGAUGAUCCUAUGGGAACCUUCCAAUGCUAUAACUCUAUGAAAUGGUGACAGAGCUUCCAAACCAUAUAUAUAUAUAUAUAUAUAUAUAUAUAUAUAUAUAUAUAUGGACAUCUAAUCUUUUCAGCAUGAUUGCUCAGUAGGCAGCUGCACAGUUUAUCAUCAAUGAGCUUUAAUGUGUCACGUGGUGCUACAUUUCUUGGGUUAGUUUCGGGAGAUGUGCCAUCCCCUUCCUUACUUUUUGACCUUAUUGAAAAGAAAUUGUGCAACAUGGCUAACCAAUUCCACAGCAGAUAGAUAAUUAAUCUGGCAGGGAAAAUCUGGUGCAAAGAAACGGGCAGGAGCUUCAUGGAACAGGGACCAUUACUUUCUCAGCAAAUGUAUCCAGGGAAUUUGCAUGUUACUGCAACAUUGUGACAGAUUUAUUUCAAGACUAGAACUUGAAAUUUUAACAAUGUCAUUAUGAAUUAUUUUUUAAAAAAUGAUAUGAGUGAGCACAGUGUGGUGGUGUGGGAAGCACCAGAUUAGCUAUUAUGCUUAAUUAUUUAUUUAAUAUAGAAAAUUAUUCGCACAGUGUUUAAAAAGCCCAGUGGGAUGGUGCCUGCACAACUGUGCCUGCAGGAACAGAAGCUGCACAAAAAAUGAAUAAUCAUAGAGGAAAGGUAUUUCAUUCAUCAAAGGAAAACCCUCAUCCCCACAGUAUGAAAAUGCACUCAAACAGUGAGAAACAGUUGAAUAUGUUUCAGUUGAGGUUAACUGAUUCUAACCUAUAAGCCUUGGAACAAGAAUAUCUCAAGGAUUGAUUGCAAGUUUCUAUAUGAACCAGCCUAGUUUGGGGAGUUUCUUCUAUGGAUACUUACACCAGCUGGAGCCAGGUGGUUGGUUACUGGAGAUGUGGAGUUUUCCGUUGUGGCACCCCAGCUUUGAAAUGUGUUCUCUUUGCCUAAAUAGUGCCGGUAAUAACUUAUGUUUGUCUAGGUGUUUUAACUCAGCUUCUUGUUUUAUCAGCAGCUGCUUUUAGCAUUUUAGCAGCUUCUGUUUAGGGUUUUAGUUUAUUCUGAUGUUUCAGUGUUUAUUGUUUCAUGAUUUGUAAGGUGCCUUCUGAUGGGGAUGUAAGAAGGCAUUUGAAUUCCAUUCCAGCCCAUGUUUGUUGCAUGCAGCACUGUUUUUCUUUUUCACUACAGUCAGCUUCUGACAAACACAGCAUUAUCUGUCUCACUAUCUACUGUGACAGAAUCUUACAUACAUACAUACAUACAUACAUUAUUAUGUUAUUCCAUAUCAUUUAUUUCAGCGCAAAGGGCAUUCCUUUAAAUGCAAAGGAAACACAAUAGAAAUGGAAAAAAUAUUGUCAACUAUGUACCUUUUGUGGACUGAAAACAACAGCAAAUACUGACUGUAUUAGCUGGAUUGAUUUCUGUUCUGGACAUGGGAUGAAUAAGCUAACAACUAACAACUAAACAUCAGGAAGAACUUUCUGAUGGUAAGAGCUGUUCAAUAGUGGAACGAACUCCCCCAGAAGGUGGUGGACUUUACUUCCUUGGAGGUUUUUAAGCAGAGGUUGGAUGGCCGUCUGUCAUGGAUGCUUUAGUUGAGAUUCCUGCAUGGCAGGGUGUUGGACUAGAUGACCCUCAGGGUCCCUUCCAACUCUACAGUUCUAUGAUUUUAUGAACAGAGUCCUCACUGCUUGAGAUAAGCUGUCACACUGUAACAAAGCAAAACUCCAACCUCUGCUUCUCUUCAAAAUCUCUAAAGCACCUACACACUUAAGCUACUAUACAAGACAAUAUCAUGUUACUAAAGCUGUUGAGUUACAAGAAAAAGAGAUGACACCCUGAUUUUAUUAUCCCUUUUCCAUUUCCUGCCAUAAGAUCUCCAACAUAUAUGUCUCCAACAUACAAUGAGAUAUUUGCCCCUUGUCUGGCAGGGACCCAAGAACAUGAUCCUUUUCAGUGUAAGCAUCUCCCUCUCUGAUCUUCAUAAAUAAUAAAUACUACGUACUUAUCUCAAUCUUAAAACCCCAACCCUUCCACAGAUCUUUCUACAAGAGAGUCAAGUACACACUACUUAAAUUACAUUUUACAGCAUAUGCAGAUGUUGAAUAGAGCAGUGCAUCUGCAACACCUCAAAAAGAUUGACCUGCUAUUUGACUCUUAGGCAAGAUUUCUAAGGUAGAAGAUAAUAGCUGAUAACUGCUUAUAGUUUUCAAGAACUGCUAACCAUCAGUAUUAUACUGGAAUAUCUAUUUUAAUUUUUAUCUGAGUGUGUGAAUAAGAAUUUUGUGUAACACACAAGCUUACAUCAAUAUUUUAAAGAGUAAUUAGAUAAGCAAAAAGUUCCACAUGGGUAAGCAAAAGUGUCCAAUCAAAUCUUGUUGAUAACCUGCAGUAUCUGAGCUGCUUGCUCUUUCUGUAAUGCAUACAAAUUCUCACCAUGAUCAUGCUCUCUAUAACUGCCCUUCCCCCUUGGAUUAUUUAAAGUGUGGGCUGGUCUCUGAGCUUUUAUCAAAGACAAACUCAUGGUAGAAUGGCAAAACAAAUAGAACCUCUUCAUUUCCACCAAAGAGAAUUGUAUGGAAUCAUAUGCUAUCAACACAUCCUGAAAAAUGUGCCUGCCAGACCCAAAUAGACAAAUCCUGUGGAAUGUUACUGGGCAUCAACAGCAAUGGACACCAAGCAGAGAUAAUGAGCUUCCAGAAGCUGCAAUCAGCUAAGUAGAACCUGUUUGGCAAAGGAUAUUUCACAGAGUAUCAGCCAUAGUAGAACAAUUGGUGGCAAUGGAUCCAACACUGGCCCCUUUUCCAGUGUAUAUGGAAGCCAUGUGUGGGCUCCAUAGCAAAUAAUUAUAUUCUUGCUAACAGCAGCCCAAUUACAAAUAGCUCAGUAUUAUUCAUCAUUCUUCACAACUGCUGCUGUUCAUUAUUGUUCAUUAAUUUAUAUUCCACCUAAUUGCUGAAGUAGCUUCUAAGCAGUAUACAACCAAUUACAAAAAGUGUAAACGCACAUAGGAGACAGUUGCAGUAGUCAUUACAGUACAGGCUCCCCUUCCCCUUACUUACCUCUGUGGGCCAUACUGUCUUAGUAACCCCAGCUGGAGUGGAAUUUGGAAUGGAGUAUUUGUGUCUGAAGUAGGAAUUGUGAUGAUUUUUGCAAUAAUCAAGCUUGCACUCUAGCUGAGGCCCAUUUGCUUGCUUGCCAGCUGAUCAGAUUUCAUGUGAGUGUUAGCAAUAUUUAGCAGACCAAAUUUCUUCAGUCAUGAAAAAAUGAACUGCCUGGCAACUUACUGAACCAGGCCAUUAUAACUGCAACUCAUUUUGAUAUCAGAUCUCUUGUGCUGCAAAAAGGCAUAUUCCCUAGAACUGCUUAAUUGAGAAGAUGACAGUAGCCAUUAACAUUCAUUGUUAUGUUUCUAAUCCUGUAUCCUACCAUCAUUGUAUGUGAAGUAGUGGGAGGCAGUAAUGCUUAAUGGAACUUUCUGGGCAGCUCUUUUGUUUUUGAGGUUAGCGACCAUACACACAGGCACACAGUAUGCUCUACAGUACAAGAUGCUAUUGCCAUGGCAGUGUCAUUGCUCUUGGUAAUAGACGAUAAUUAAAACAAAUACAAAUUAUGUACAUUGCCAGAUUAAGCAGGAAUCUAUUUCUAACCAUGUCUAUUCAACACUAAGUCCCAUUUAAAUAAAUAGUGCUUACUCUUAAGUAAGUUAAAUUAGAAUCCCACCCUUACCACACUUUUUUUUUAAAAAGCCACUAUCACAGUAUCACAGAAAAAUGUAGCCAACUCUGUACCCCACUCCUCUUCAGCAUUAUAUUGUUUACAUAGAGACCAAAUUAUGAAAGAAAGAAAGAAAAAGAAAGAAAACCAUUUACAGGUGUGAUUUAAAAGAGACAAAACUGUUGUUCUGUUGGUAUUGCACGAAGAUGAGAACAAGGACACCACUAGAAAAACAAAUUACAAUAUCCCUGGGGGCACACAAAUGGAUUCUAGGUGAUAGUGGGCAGUGAUUAACAGUAGCAGAACUGCACAUAGUCCAUUGCACAAUAAGUUCUCACAACACAGCCUGGAGAGUUGAAGUCAGUUAUGCCAUUUUUGCAAAAUGCAAGAGUGGGCUCAACUGAGAUGUGUUUCAUGAGCUGUAGAUGAAAAUGAGCCAAGUUUACACAAUGAAUCUGUGCGAAAAUACGAAUGGGCACACAAAUGAGAAUACCAUCUAAUCUAGAGCCCCAGGGCAAGAUAUCUGUUAGGGUUCAAGGCAGAGGAAGUGUCAUGUUCCCCUCUUGGUAGGAAGUCAGGCUGUUUUGUGCAAAGUGUUCAAUUGUGUGCAAAGUACCCUUUCACAUAGUUUCCCAUCACCUGAGUUCACUCUUGUGAGCUCUAGGUGUGCAUGACCUGGUGCCAGAGAGAUUUAGCACCAUGCCAUACAUCUGAGUAUCUGUCUUAUGGUCUCCAUGUGUGGGGUUUACAUCCGAGUUGCGAUUUGCUGUGAUUGGGUGCUGAUUUAUACCACAUGAUAUCUUAUGCUUUGUAAUGGUGAUGUGGGUGGAGUGGUAAUUAAUUUGCAGGUGGCUAUUUUUAAAUUUUCCCCUCCCAUUCAAGGUCAUGUAAAGUUACACUGAGCAUCUCCAGACUGUCACUAUUUUUAGGUGGCAUUCAAUCACAGACCAGCAAAUUCAGGUUGUACAAUUAGAGCUGAUUUGGAGCUCUAAUUGUGGAACCUGAAUUUGCUGGUAUGUGAUUGAAUGUCGCCACAAUGCAAGGCUGGCGGGCAAAAGUGUGGGUAAUUGCAGUAGCUGAGAACCUUAUGCAGCAAAGGAGAGUGUGUACAAAAGUUGUGAGAUGUGAUAAUUUUACAGCAAUGUGGGGGACCUUUUAUAAAAUUAUUAGACAAGGUAGCAAUUAAAUACCUCCAGAAUCUCAGAUGUAUUUCUGGGAAGAUUCAAUACCAUAGCAUUUCAAUUCUCAUUGCUAUUUUAGUCACUUGUCUGUAUUUAAAUAUCAAAAGUAUAUUUCCCAUUUGAAUAUGUAAAUGGCAUGUAUUAUGCACCAUUUUGUUGUAUUCAAUUAUUGUUUUGCUUUUUUAUUACUAUUAUUUUAAUUUAAAAAACUGGUUAGGUGCAGCUAUUUUCUGAAGAUCUCCCCACAGUACAUGUGUGAGUUUACUUCAGAAGAUGUAGCGUAAUAAAUUAGGCUUCUUAAAAAUAGUAAUAAAAAUACAAUGGUUUUGCAUAAUACCUUUUUAUUACUCUUGUACGAGCUCAAUCACUCUUGUACAAUACUUCAUUAUUAAAAAUUAAAAAAUAAAAGAAAUGGAACUGAGUAUUGUCCCUCUCAAAAAGCACAAGCUUCUAUUUUUCCCAUGAUGAAACAUUAACCAAAGCUGGUAAUGCUUGUUACUGCACUCUUGUACGCAUCAUAGGAAUUGAACGUGCACAAAUACUGAAAUACCUGCAUGCAUACCCAGAAUGGAAAACGACUGUGGUAUCCUUAAGAGGAGGGACAGAAAAAUCCUCUAUUACAUGAAACUAUACCCACUGGUGUGAACAGCAAGAGGCAGAAUAGGAAUAAAUAUACAUGACUGAAAAAUUGGGAAUGUGUGGAAGUUAACUUGCUAAAUGCAUACACAGAAAACUCAGAUCUGAAUUAGUCUUGUGAUAUAAAUUUCUUGUCUGGUUACAUCCAAUUAUACAUGGCUUCCCUGCCCACAGCUGCACACAGAGAUGAGUUUACCUGCUUAGGGUACUCUGACUGGACACAGUCUUCUUUCUUGAAUAUGCAUGAACGUAUGAAGCUGCUUUAUACUGAGUCAGAUCACUGAUCCAUUUAGCCCAGGAAUGAGGAACCGUUGGCGCUCCAAAUGUUGUUAGAUUCCAAUUCCCUUCAGCCCCAACUAGAUGAGUUAUUGUGGCUAAUAAAUUAUUUCUAUUGAGGUUUGAGGUAGCAGAGCAUCGUCUAGUUUGAAUCAAUGAACACCUUUGUAGGUAAGGUUCUACCGGGUCUCUGUGCAGAGGCCACAAUUGUUAGUAGUGAUGAUGAUGAUGAUGAUGAUGAUGAUGAUGAUGAUGAUAGUUACUAACUGAAUUGUUUAGCAGUCUAAUACAGGGUAGUAUCCAGGCUUACAACCAAGUUUUAAAACUUUUCAAAUUCCAUUAAAUGCCAGGUGACAUGGAAACCUUUAACCUGGUGCCAAAAAAUGUCAGUUCAGGUGCCAGGAGGACUCAUGAAGAAAGGAAUUGCAUAAUAGAGGGCCACAACCAAAAAAGGCCCUCUCCCUUUUUGCCACGUCUAAGCCUUUCUUGGAGGAGGCACACAGAGGAACACCUCUGAUUACAUGUCUAAGGUUUGGAUAUAUUCUUGGCAGGAGAGGUGGUCAGUUGGGCAUUGUGGUUCUGAGCUGUAUAAGCUUCUAUAGAUGAAAAUCAGCACCUUGAAUUGGGAUUGGAAACAUAUAUGCAGCCAGUACACUUGUGUUAAUACUGGUGUUAUAAAAUUGCUAUUUCUUACAGUACUAUUCCAAAGGCGGUCUCUUCUUAGAACUUGAUAUAGGCUCCAGUGGGUAAUUUCCCCUGUUGUCAGCAAGGCUUGCCUGACAUCACAUUUUGAGCUGUUUCAUGGGAUGUAAAAGCAGUGAUCUCUAGAGAACACAAUGGUUCCAUUACUGCAGAAGCAAACCAGGGCUUUCUUGCUAGCUUGAACAUAGCAGGCAAGGAAACCAAAAGCCGAUUGGCAGGUACACUUAGAACAGUUAAGAGUAGCCUGCUUUCCUUGCACAAAUGAGAUUCCACACCAGCCAACUACUGCAUAUUUAUAUCAAUGCUUUCAUUAACUAACUGAUCAUGGGGUGAUUCAUUUUCUUUUGAUUGGGAAAAAGCAAGUACUAAACUGUAAUGGUGGGACAAAGCUAUACUUCACGAGAAAACAGUUCAACCUCCUGUCCUCCUCCCUUAAAAACCUUCAGGGUAUUGUGUUCCUGAAAGAAACUGCCACCAGAAAGUCAUGAAUAAACUCUGGGAAGCUUCAGUAUAAUGAUAACAUGACCAUAUUUCUGACAUGAAGGCAAAAAGACUUCCACUGGACAAGAGAUUUGCUGUCACACACCAAACUUUUCACUUUAAAAAAUAAACAGUGCCAUCAGUUUACUCUUGAUUAGAUCCUAACUCACUCUCCUGGGAGAAAAAGAUCCCACAAGAAACUUUCUGGUAGGAAAAUGCAUCCUCCUUCUUAGAUUGAAAACUAAGAUUGAAAUACCCCUUGAUUAGGUUUUCUGUUCAUACAACAAUAAAUAUGACUUUAAAGUCUGUGGGGGCAUACCAAACAAUUUCUAGACAUUGGAAUAAUUCUUUUUCAAUAUGUAAUGGUGACUAUUGACAGCAAUUUGCUCUCAAUAAGACAAAAGAAAGGAAAAAAGGUUGGCUUUUUGAGGAAGGAUAUCUGUACAGGUGAGGUAAAUUUGUAGGGUGUUUCUGAAAUUAUAGGACCUCAUUUAUUUGGCAUGUACAGAAUACAUAAUCAAUAAUAAUAUUUUAAGCCCCUCUUUUACCUUAUAUAGGAUAUGUGGUUUUUUUAAUGAGUUUAUAGUAAGCUGGAGAACCGGAGAGAAUUGCAAAAAAGUUACAUAAUCCCAUCUAUAAUAAAAUGAGAUAAAUGAGGAAAUUCUUUCAUUAUGUUCCUGGCUAGUGAUAUGUACCAAAGGUAGGUUUCACGAUGUGAACCACUGAUGUCAAAGGCACAAUGUUGAAAGAUUUGAAACUCAACAAGCUCAGGACCAUUAGGUAACUGCAGUGAAAGCAGAGUUGCCUGUUGAAAGUUCAGGAAGCAAUUCUGCACCAUCUGUGGGUAAAAAUUAUGCCUAAGACAGUCUAGUUACUAGUAUGUGAAAAAAUGCAUUUUCCUACUAUGUCCACCAUAUUCUGCCCUCAGUUUCAAAGAAACUCAAGUGAGCAUCUACAUUCCCAGUAGUACAAUUCUCAUCUUCCUAGGAUGCAAUCCUACUCCAGUAGCAAUUGAUGGCAAAAUUCCCAUUAAUUUUAAUAGAAUAGAACUUCAGUCCUAGUGAGUUCAUUGCUUUCACUUAGGCUAGAAUUUGGUGCUUUGACUUCAUUGUGCACUAGAGGGCAACAUUCGGCUCUGGUGCAAACCCUGCUUAUUGCUAGCUAUUGCUAGCUUUGUUGGUAAUCCUAGUUGGCAAUGAGAAGAAUAUGUGAUGGAAAGACUUUGAAUUACGAAAUUCGUUCUUUUCUAAAGUUAGUGCAACUUGGUUGAAGGCAUAUCUCCCUGCCCAUUAUUAAGGAUUUGGAAGGAUAAACUGUUAUGUCAUGGUUGCACACAGAUUCUUGAAACAAGCAAUAUACAUGGACUUCCCACCUUCAAGUACAAUACCAAAACCAGUUUUUAAAACCCUACUUUCUGAUCUUUUUGCACUUCAUUUAUCUAAGUAAAAUUAUUUCUAUGGAGCAACAGAAGCAACUUUACCAUCACAGUGUUGUAGCUCUCAUCAGGCAUCAGUAUUUUAUUUUUAUUUAACAACAAAAAAAUAUACCAUUUGAUUGUAAUAAAACAUCUAAGCAGUUUCAAUAGGUCGAUAAAUGUACACAUAUAAUAAAGAAGGGGGAAGAGGCUUGCUCUCUGUUUGUGCAGCAGAAUGAAUCCCAUUCCCUUCUUUUCCUUAUAAGCAAAUGCUUCUUCUGAUUCCUUACAAAUCUGUGGACUGUUGAAAUUUGAUAGACAUUAUUAUUACUGCUUUUAGUACACGUGGCAAUGAUCCUUCUCUUUCAUAUACAUUUUGAAUGGCUUAACAAAUUCUGAGCUUUCGUGCGCGGCAUAGCAUGUUGCCAGUGCUUUUGACUCAUUCUGGCUUGCUUUGGGUUUCCAGGGUACAGCUUUGUGCUACAAAACUGGUUCUACAAGAGUCUAUGAUGGGAUACAAAAGAUGAAUGUAUAAGCUAUUAGCUAUGGCCACUCUACAGUAUCAUUUCUGAGGUCAUGAAAAUAUUAAGUUUGUACACAGCCUGAGGACCAAAUUUGAGGUGGCAUUUGCCAUGUGUUUUGCUCUUAUUAGGCUAUUUUUUCAAAACAAAACAAAAGCAGGAACGUCUGGGAGCGCCAAGCCAUAUCUGGACCAUAGUGGGGUGGGAAACAGUUUUUAACCCUUUACCCCACAGCAGUCCUUAUCCUCAGACCCUCUCCAUGACUAUACUUCAUAGUGGGAUAAAAUCUCCUGUUUAUUUAUUUGAUGCCAAUAGCAACUUUCCUGCAACUGUGAAUAGCAGGUGUGGAGAGAUAAUCAGUGGAGGAUGGCUGAUUGGGACAGUGGCCGGGGCAAAGGCUUAAUUCCCACCCAUGGACCUGAUCUGGCUCUCCCCAAAUCCCAGCUAUUUGGUUUUUUUAAAAUCACCCAUUUAAGAAUAAGGUGCCUUAUUUGGCCCUUAAAUACAUUUGAUAGAUCCCAGAAAGACUGAAAAUGAAUACAGACAUGUGUGUCUGCUUAGUCAAAACAGAAAGGUCCUAUGAAUGAGUUGACUUGUUUCUAGCUUGCUCUAUUGAAAUUUCAAGUUCUUGUCAGUUCAGAGGUCAUUGUGAACAUAUUUUUACUAACCUAUGUAUGCAUCCAAGGUAUGACCAUGUUAUUACUCAAACUACUUGUGCCUUUUCAUUUUAAUCUACUAUUUUCCUCCUCUGUGGUGUCAAUUUUUAAUUACAGAUUUAUUCCAGGUCCAUUUGGUUCCUAGAAACGCUGGAGACCACCAUAACACUCAUUUUAAUGUUUCACUGUGAAUCUUGUGGGGCCGGUAUUGACUGAUAUCACCCAGUUUUGACUUCCUGUACUCUUUCUUCCUUUCUAAAUGUACUAGGCUCUCUGCUAAUGGGAUAACGUGGAAAGUUCCCCCUCCAUGUUUUAAGCAUCCAGUUGUCAAAUAAGCCUGUGUUCCAUAGUGUGCAUGGAAUUUCCCUUGUGUACUUCAAAAAUGUAUUUAUGUUGUUCUAACUCCACAUCCUCUUCCUUUCCCCCCGCCAAAAGACACCCAACCAGCACAUCCCAAUAUUUUGACAUAUAAAUCAGAUAGAAAGAUUUUCAGUCCCAAGAUCUGUAGCUGGAGUACACUACAGAAGGGAAUCCUUGGUCAUUGUUUGGCCCAGAUAUGGGUCUUACCCACUUUUCUCUUAAGAGUCCCAAACCUGGUCUGGUUAUUGCCAGUGGUAGAAUCUAUUGCUAUUCCUCAACCUUUUCCCCUCCUUUCUUUUAAGUUUCCUGGGAACUCAACUUCACAUUUUACUCAUGACCUGAUCUUCCCAGUGCUAAGAAUAGUAACCACUGUGCCACUUAGGUUCAAUCUCUUUGAAAACACCCCACAGCUGGAGAAACAUGGAAGCCAGAUUAGCACAAACAGAUAUAAACAACCAGAGGUUAGAUUUAUUAAGACUAUAAAAAAGUCUAAAUAUCAUUGUGGAACAGAUAAGUGAGGAAAGGAUUUUUGCAAGCCCUGCAAAAGUCUUGGGAAAUAAUUUGCAAUCAAUUACCAUGUUUUUGAUUUUUUUGAAAGGAGGCAAACCAACUCUCAGGACACAGAAGGGACACAAUCUUAAAUUUACAACCCAGCUUUAACCAACUUAUUUAUAAAUUGCCACAAGAAGAGUGAGGAUCACUCAGUAGAGUAAUAGAUAGGUUAAAAUACACAUUCAUUAUGUAACAUAUUUGGUUGAAUGAUGAUAGCUGUUCAGGGGGGAAACAUGAGCUGAAUAGGGCUUUUGAAGGCCUAUCUGCAGUUGGCAAUUAUGCUAUUUUUGCAUAAUUACCUUGGCUCUUUAUCCAGUCCAGCCUGCUCUAUCUCCAGGAGAUGGAUGAUUUGUGUCAACCAUAUCUGUCUUAUGUAUUCUCUUUUACCCUAAUGUGAUCCUGAUGCUUAUCAGCUGUUAACUAACCUUGGCCUCCAUUGCUAAGCUCCUAUUUUGAAAAUAAGGAAUACUACCACUCAGGUUCUACAUGCUGAAUGGAUUAUUUUAGAGCUGUAUACAUAUAGCUGUGGGAGCAUAUCUGUCUGCUAUGAACAGUCUGCUAUGACAGUGAAAGUCAGUGGAGGGCACAAAAUAAGGAAGGGUCAAAAUUAGAAGUGUUUCACUAAAAAGUUUUCUUGUAUGUUAGCUACUAUGUGGGAGCCAUUUCCCCCAUAGUGCAAUAAGUGUACAAGAAUAUGUGUAUGAAGGUAUCACAUGUAGUUCCUUCCCAUUCAAACUUCAUCCAGCUGGCAUCUCUUCAGAGAGUUAGCAGGUCCCACACUAUAGUGUCUAAAUGUAGAUAAACCUUAGUCUCACCAGAAUGCAGCACCUGGCUUAAAAAGAACGAAGGCAUGUCUCUCUUUUCAUGUUGCUAAGCUACAUCUGCUCUUGUCUUAGUUCUACCAUGUUCCACUGAAACUUUAAAUACUGUACAGACCUGUUGGCUGUGUGUACAAAAUGAAUUUAUAAUGAAGUCUGAAGGAAGAAAAAUGGCAGAACAAGGGAAGAUGCAGCAGAACUAGAGGGAAGGGCUACUUCAUGCAAUUCAGAACCCAAGAACUAUUCAUCCUACAACAAACACACAUGCAGGUAGUCCUUACAUAAACACUCAAUACCUUUGAUUUCAAUGGGAUUGCUUAUUUGAGUAAUGCCAACAUGUGUGGUUGUGUAAGAAAACUUAUUCUCUAGCUACUCUUCUAUAACCACUUGAGGACACCAGGGCAGUAAUUCUAAUGCCGAUUUUUGAACUGUUUUUUUGUCUGUCUAACAUUCCUUUUUAAUCCCCAUCCUGCCUGCCCCUUCCUUAUGUAGGGUUACUUUAGUGAUCCUUGGAAUGUUUUUGACUUCCUCAUCGUAAUUGGCAGCAUAAUAGACGUCAUUCUCAGUGAAACUAAUGUGAGUAUUACUCUACCCUCCCUAGGAUGCCACCAAAUCCUCCUCUACUUCCUCCUCCUGUUUCCUUCUUUUUUAUUAUUUCUGGUUUAUGUUUUCUUCCCUCUAGUCAUGCUUUUAUUGAACUUGCCGUCGUCCUUCUCCCAGGGGGAAAAAAAGGAGGGGGGUUGCAUACCUCCUUCUUUUUCACUUGUCACAGCUGUGACCGGUGAAAGCACACAAAGCUUGGGGUACGUGUGCUUUUUUUCCCUCCAAAAAAAUUCAGACAUGUUUGAGUGAAACGUUCUAACUAACCAGGCUUUUGUUGAUACCCUCCAUCAUGUUACAGAGGUAUGAGCAGCCAAUACUGUAGAGUGGUAAGAGACUCUUUAAUAUGCCCACGUAACCUCUUUCUUUUCUUAUUUUUUUCUCUUCUCUCCCUCUUUCAUGCUUUGUUUAUUUAUUUUGUUUGUUUAUUUUUAUAUAUCUCUCUCUCCCUUUCUCUUCUCUUUGUUUCUUUCUCUUUUUCCUCGGCUUCUCUGCCACAUGCAGCACUAUUUCUGUGAUGCAUGGAAUACAUUUGACGCCUUGAUUGUUGUGGGUAGCAUUGUUGAUAUAGCAAUCACCGAGGUGAACGUAAGUAGCUGGCAUCUGUCCAUGAAUGUGCCUGCUCUUAACAUUCAUUUGUCUCUUCCAGUUUUUUUAAUCUCUUCUUCUUUUAUUCUCUCCCUUCUUUUCCCCUCCCUUUUUAUUUGAAGUUUUUUUUUUUAAGGAUUGCUUUUGUUCUGUUGUUCUGGAUAUUUUGUUUUUGCUUGUUUCUUUAAAUUUGGAACAACUUUAAGGACUUUCUGACUGUUGCAUCAUUUUCUUUCCCCCAUAACCAGCCUGGCAUGAAUAAAAACUGUAUAGUAGGAAAACCGAUGAGAGCUAUGUGAAGUAAAUGCACAAAGAGCAGGUUUGUGUCCUAGGAAGUUGGAGAAGUAGUCCAAGUUUAGGACUACUGAUUUGUCAAAGUUGAGUUAAACUUUCCAUGGCACUGGGAUACUUGCCACUUCACAGAGAUCUACAGGGCAACUCUUUCGAGGUGGAAUAAUGGGAGCCAAAUGUCAUCUGUUUUCUGCUAGGCCUUUAUAUUCCCAACUUUUUAUUCAAAAACCACAAAUUCUUACAUUUCUGCUCACAUUCUAUGAUAUAUUUGGUGGGUUGGAUCCAGAGUAAUUUAGUGAUGCUUUAGUCUGACUGAAAUCAAUGAGGCUUGACAUGUUAUUGUUACCAAUUCAUCUCACUGAUUUCAAAUUGACUAAAUGUGACCAAUUUAGCCUGGAUCAAACCCUGUGUAUCAUGUUAACUGAUGCAGUUUUAUCUCCCUAUUAUUUGUGGAAAAGCUGCCAGGGUAGUGUAGAGAGGAACAUUGCAUAAAAACCAUUACAUCCAAUAGGUUUGAUUAAUUUUGGCAUUUCAAUACCUGCCAUCAUGGAUUGGUAUUGCUUUCAAAAUACAAAAGACUGAAGUUAAGUUCAUGGUUUUUAAAAAGGAAAAAAUCUCAUUAGAGAAAUUAUAGAUUUGAAACCCAGUCUUCUGAAUUUUAUACACACACACACACACACACACACACACACACAGAGUAAAUAUCUGGUAUUUGGAGAAGAAUUUGUACUGGGCAUUUAAGUAAAUAACAUUGGAUAGAGAGAAAAUCCCAGUCCAUUAAAGGCAAUAAUCUUAUGGAAUAAGGAUUUUGCUGAUAAAUAGCCCUCUGAAUUGGUGUAUGUGUAGCACGAGAUUUAAAAAUCUCACUUCUAGAACCUAGGCCACACACGAUCAUCCAUGCUAGACUGGGGGAAUGCAUGCAUCCAUCAGCCGCUGGUUGGCAUGGUUAGUUUGCUUCAAGCUAAGUAUUUUUAGGGAUCCAUGGGGCCUUUCUCCCUCUCACAUCCAAGGGAGGAUUAGUGCACCAAUAAGAGGGAUGAUGUAAACCACUGGUUUGACAUGUGGUCUUGGAGAUCUUCACCAAAGAUGCUGAAGGAUUCUAUGUGGUGACACAUCAUAAGCGGGUGUGAUUGCAUACAUUAUAUACAGGUAACUAUGUUAGAUAGAUUUCUUUGGGGCGUAUCUCACAACUAUACUACUUUCCCAGUAAAUUGUGGAGUUGAUAUUCAGGGAGUGGAAGACAUUUUUGGUAAUUUUCAUUAAGCUGAUCUCAGUUCCAGAUCAAAUUCUGAUCAGGAAUUGAGAUCAGAUAAGUAAGAUUCAUCAACCACAUCUUCCACUUUCCAUUGGUCAGCUCUGUUGUUUAUCAGGAAAACAGGACUUUCAGGUUAUGGUUAAUUCUGUUCUCAAUAUUAAUUGGCUGAUACUGAGAAUUGAAAUAAUGUGAUUAAAUAGGAUCGAUCUCAGUAAAACUUUAAGUUCAGCAGUUAUUUACAUAUAGUUGAAGAACUGCCUAGAGCUGUCCUCUGCAGAGAUUCUCCCAAAAAUUUAAAGGUGGCAUUGGUGGUUCUCUGAAUCCCCUCUAAAGAUUACCCUCCUACUAUAUAGUCCCUUCAAAAUUCUGCACAUGUCUUUUUAUUACCUGGCAUGUUUGACUCUUCUCUUUUUAAUCUUUGCUAUUAAUUCCUAACAUUUGUUAUUAAGAAAUUAAUUGGUUUUGAUUUUUCUUUCCUUUUUAAAUUUUUUUUUGCACAAUAUCUGAUGCACUGAUAAUUGAAAAUCAGUUAAGGAUGGAGUUUGUUUUGAAUUGUUUGAAAUCCUCUUGCACAUAAUUCUGUUAACUAAGAGAAUGAAUGGUACCGUACAUCAAUUUAUUCCUUUAAAAUACCCUUGCUGCUUGCGACAUUUGGUAUGAAAUCCUGCAACCUCCACUCCCACCCCCAGCAGGCAGGCAUUAAUCAUUGCAGCUCAAAUUGAAAUAUUUUCCUCUUCCCAGGCAGCACAAAAUGGUUUGUGGAUCAGUUGCACCUCCAUUUCACCCUCCCUACCAUGGGAGCUUCAUUGCUUUGCUCACUGUUUGUGAGCCUGACAAAAUCUGCCUUGUGUGCCUGUAUGCUGUCUCAUGUUACAUCAACUGAUCUGGAAGCAUGGCAGGGACAGAAGAGGAAUAAAACUUCCCACAAGCUCUAUGUGAUGGUAGAUUUUAAAAUGACUCCAAAACCAGGCAUCAUAUGGUAGAAUCCAGAUCCAAAGCAAUUGGAAAAAUGAGUUUGCUGUAGACAACCAGUGGCUGCUACACUAAGAACAAAUCGUAAUGCUGAGAUUUGUUCUCUAUUGAAGGUGAAUCUUUUUUGGCAUGAGUUACUUUGUCAUAAAAGGUGAUGGAUGCAUUAAACAGGAACAUUCUGUGAAGUCCAGCUGGGACUUUGCCAUGCUGAUCUAAUCUGCCUAGGAAGCAUUUGGUCACCAAAGCAAUAAAAGGCAAUAAUGAAAACACAAAUAUAUUAUGUUAGCUUGUGUGUGUAUGUGUGCGCACGCGCAUGUGUGUUGUGUGACAGAGAGAGAAAGAGCACUUAUCUGUAUGGUAUAAGCUGAAUUUAUUUUCUUAACUAAAAAUAUAUAGCAUAGGAGGGCCAUGAAGGAUAUAAUGGAUGCUUCUACAUAGCAGGUUUUUUUGUAGAAGCGUCCAAUACUUCUGAGCAAGAGAAGUCAUCCAUUCUGAAGCCUGGGAACAAAAAGCAAUACUGAUUGGGAAGAGUCUAGGAAAGGGGAGAAUUUAGCUCCAAAUCCUCAUGAAGCUUAAUAUUUGUCUCAUCUCAAAUUCAGUAGUGUGUUAAUUAUUUCAUGCAUGGAGAUAUAGCCGCAACAAUCCUGACUUAUGCAAUCUCUGUAGGAAACUAUAUAGAAUUCACUGGAUAUAAAACUAAGUGUGAAGACAAAGCAAAAUAAGGAAUGUAACCUGUUUCAUGGUUCUGACUCCUUUCUCCAGUCAAGUUCCAAUGCCGAUUGA